UUGUAAUGCAGGCGCAUCGGCCUUUCUGAGGAGAGCAUGGCGGCGCAUGCGCAGUGAGGCAGAAGGAGCCUAGUCGGCUCUCCCCCUUCAGCCGCAAGGCGGGAGGAGGAGGAGGCGCCGUUAACGACUCCCGUGUUAUUUGCCUUGUUAUUCCUGCUAUUUAUUCUCCCACCACCGCCACUUGCCCCCCGGCUUCGCCCCUCCUGUUUCGCCUGAGAGGAAAAUGGCUGGUCACCGGGCGGUUGCGGCGUGAGGUGCCCCAAAACCGGCGACCCCCUCCCUCCACAUUGCAAUGUGUUUUAUUAAUACAUACAUUCAUACAUAUAAUAUGAUAAAAUAUUUUUCUUUUCCCUCAGGUGACGGCGCCGGAGGUCCCUCUCUCUUCCUUUCCCUCCCACCCCUCCGCUCGCUUGAGGGGGAGACGCUGUUUGAGUCAUGGACGAGCAAAGUGUUGAGGUAAAAAAAUAAAAUUAACAGGCGGGGGAUCCACCUGCUGAGGGGACGGAGGGGCCUUAAAGACCCCUCGCCCUCUCGCAUCUCCCUCAGAAAGUGGGUCGGUGGGCUUAUUGGAGCCAGGACUCCUGGGUCCUCCCCCCCACUCGGGUUGGGAGGGAUGAAUGCUAGGUUGGGCAGGACUCCUGGGUCCCUUCCUGGAGUGUGUGUGUGUAUGUGUGUUGUUUUGCAGCCAGGACUCCUGGGUUCUUCUCUUAUCACAUAUUAGUGAAAGGGGCAGCAAUACUAGGCGGGGGUGGGGGCAGGACUCCUGGGUCCCUUCCUUGGGUCUCCUAUGCCUUCCUAAGGGGUGCGUGUGUAUAUGUAUAUCUGUGAGUGUAAUUUUGCAGCCAGGACUCCAGGGUUCUUCGCUGUCAUGGGUUUGUAGAGGGAAUAGUAGUAGAGGAAGCCGCCCGAAGUGGCUGCAGAAGCCCAGCCAGAUGGGCAGGCUAGAAACAAUAAAAUUAUUAUUAUUAUUGUUAUUAUUAUUAUUAUUAGUUCAGAGGGCAGGACCUGGGACAGGAGGCCUGAGUCCCUUCCUUGGUCUCCUUCCCCAUAUCUUCUUGCUCUGUGUAUGUGUUAAAUUGGAACCAGGAUUCCUGGGAUUUCCUUCCUGCUCUUGGUCACUGGAGGGGUGGUAAUACUAGGUUUUUUGGGAGGGGUCAGGACUCCAGUGUCCCUUCUUUGGUCUCCUUUCCUAUGCCUUCCUAAAGUGUAUGUAUGUGUUAGUUAGUUUGGAGCUAGGCCUCCUGGGUUCUUCAUUAUCAGGGGUUAGUGGAGCGGGUGGCGACAGUAGUUCAGAGGUUAAUAUGGGAGCUAGGACUCCUGGGUCCUUUCCUUGGUCUCCUCUUCUUCGCCUUGCCUUCCUAAAGUGUGUUGGUGGGGCUACUUUGAAAUCAAGAUUUCUGAGUCCCCGCCCCAUUUCCUCACAGGCAAGUGAAUUAAUUUAUUUCAGAUAAUUCUAAGCACCCUUCCAAAGGCUACGGCUUUCACAAGGUGGCAGUGCUGGGGGCUGGUGGUUGUUACGAAGUUGGUGUGUAGGGGUGGCAUAAUAUUAGGACGCUUGAGCCUUUCUUUUGCAACUUCCAUCACAUGCGUGUUUCUUGAGGGUGUUGCUGCUCUUCUUUGGGGGGGGUCCCUUUUGGUUGGACCCCAAAGCAACUUCCUAACUGGGCACGACCACCAUUCUUUUUUCUUCUCCUCUGAGUGGGUGGGGGAAUGUCCUGGAAGUCCUUACAUCAAAGUUGCCCCCCAACCAAGUUCUACAUGGCGAUUCCUAGCCUUCUCUGUUGAUAUAUCAUAUUGUUGGCUUAUUUUUGUUAUUGGAACACCACUUCUUUGUUGCAUUUGUUUGUUUUAUAAGCCAAUCUGAAUUUCCCUGAAAAGCAGCAUGCAAAUACAUUUAAUAAAAUGAAAUACUGUCUUGGGGUUCUGCAUUGGUUGCCUUUUGACUAGGUGCUGUGCUCCUUGUGGAAGUAGUAGGCCUCUUUCUUGGGUUCAUCUUUCAUUUGAAUGAGUAAUAAGCUAGCUGUUCAUCUUUUGCCCUUUGAUUAUUGUAUAGUGGCACAGAACUACAAAACAGAGAUGGCCUAAUUGCUCUGAUUUAAAAUGAUUUUUUAGAAGUUGUCAAAAUUUUAGACUAUGUCUAAAUGCGUGUAUUAAGAGUUCCGCAGUUCCUUGAGUCUGUAAGAACUGAGUGGGUGUACGUGGCUAACAUACAUGAUUGAUACAUAGACAUUUGUCUUGUCCAUGACUGAAGUACUUAAUUUUUUUUCUUUGCAGAGCAUUGCUGAAGUGUUCCGAUGUUUCAUUUGUAUGGAAAAGUUGCGUGAUGCGCGCCUAUGUCCACACUGCUCCAAGCUGUGUUGCUUCAGUUGCAUUCGGGUAAGCUGUGAGCUUUGGAUCAAACUAUAUAUUAUGUGGGAGAUUUGUGAUUGGCUUAUUUAAAAAGUACUUCAAAGCAGCAUGGAGGGGCUGGGUUUGGUGGUGGCUCUGGGUGAUAGGAGUUGUUUUCUCUCUGCGCCAUUUCCAUGUUUUAAAAACCUGCUCUCCCCAACUGCUAGUAGUGGCAGUGGGGGAAAAGACUGGCAGCUAUCUUUUUUUACCUACUAUAAUUAAUAACUGAUUCAGGGAGGGGAAAAGACUUUGAAACUCCAUGCAGAGAAAAUGUUAGGUCAUCAGUCCACAGUGGUGAUCUACCCAUUUUGGACCAUAGUGGUAAUCUUGUUCAACACCCCCACCCCAGCAACUUCUUUUACAUCUCCCAUGUUGUUUGACCCUUUCCCCUUUCAGCUUUUGUAUGUGAACAUGUGAAAUGCUGCUGCAAUUGAAAGAAAAAACUUUGCUAAUUUAUACAUUUUUGCUGGAGAUUUUUUCCUCCUUACCACAAACACUGCAUUUUCUUACGUCACUGCUGUAGCAACUGAAGGGUAGGUAGAAUUGCUCUAAACCACUUGAUGAAUCUGAACAGUACAUAUAUAACACAUACUUUCAAAGACACCAGCAAGUUAUUAGCUCUCAGUCUUUUCAGAUAAGUCAACUAAAAUUGCUAGCAUUCCAUUUUUACUAUGUUACCAGACCACCAAAGGGGUGGUGAAGGGUAACUAACUGUUGUGAGGCAUUUCUGGCCAGUUAUUUGGGGGUAAUUUUUGUUAGGCAUGGCACGUCUUUGCACUGCAGAAGGUAGUGGAGCAUAUUUUUGGGAAUAUUACACUCAGGUAAUAUCCAGCACUGGCCAGGCUAUUGGAUCUUACUGUUGCCCUGUAUGAACUCAGAGUGUACCCUUAAGUAUACCUAACAUUCCAUGGAGCUGUGUGUUGUGGGAAAAGGACAUACAAUUAAUUGAGAAACCCCCAAUGAUCUUCUGGGGAACCGUAGAGUUUCCUAAACAUGAAGUUUGAAGAUUUCCAGAAGGGUAGUCUUGUUAGUGUGUGUAUUAUGUAUUCUGGCAUUUAUAGUUUGAUGACUAUUAUGUAUGCUUUCUAAAUGUCCCAGUGGCUUGGAUCCUUACAUAAGUUAACUUAAGAGUAUUGACGGAGGGAAAGUUUAUAAUCCCUUCCUUCCCCCUGCAACCUCCUGCACCGCUGAAAAGCCUUUCUGGAGAGUUUGGGGCUCUUCUGAACAAGUGCGACCCCUGGAGAGGCUUUUCAGAGGCCAGUGAAGGCUGUCAGCUGGGUGUUGGUGGUGGAUAACUUUCCUUCCAUAAACUUCCUCAAGUUAACCAUUCCCAGACUCAGUAAGUUAUCUCUCAGAUUUCCUCAGCUUGUGUCUUUAUGCGUGUGAAAAAGUGUUCUAGGAGUGUUCCAAAAUCCAAUUUUGUGUGAGUGGAAUUCUGCUUGUGCAGCAGGCUUUGCCGUCGUUUCCUCCCUCCUGCACACCUCCAAACCUGUUUGAGAGUGUCCCCCAACCCUCUGGAACAAAUUUUUACAGUUCACAGGGCUGUAGGAGGGUGAAGACCCCUUGUAUGCAUAGAAGUCUAUUCAGUUCCUGCACAGAGAGCAUUGGAUACAGCCCCUGAGUGAUAACUUACUUAUGAGAAAUAAGUCCAAAUCUGGAGAGAUCUGUGACAUCUUAUCUUCUAACACUUCUGAAAUUCUCCAGUCUCUUAUGAUAUGUCUAUCAUUGUUUUGACAGCGCUGGCUGACAGAACAAAGAGCUCAGUGCCCUCAUUGUCGGUAAGCUUGCUUCUAAAGCUCUAUUUUGUUUUAGUUGGGGGCACUUAUUUUUGCUGCGCUGUAUACUUAAGGUGAAGAUGAAUGGCAGGUAGCCUGUAGGCCUGAUUUGACCUAUGAAGCAAUGUUAUUUGACCCAUAGUGAUGUUACCAAAUCAGGGUAUGGUAAAAACUUGUCCUACAAUUGUGGAAAAGAAAAUAGUUUUCAAAAUUGUGUGAGAGAUUUUACCACCUUGCUGUUGCAUCUCUCUUUCGGUUCUGUGGCCAAGCACCUUUUUAGCAUGCCUAUGUAGAGCAUCCUUCAUUGCCUAGAUGCACCUGGCCAUUCUGGCAGGGACUGAUGGCGGUUGUAGUCUACAACAUCUGGAGGUAACCAAGUUGAGGAUGGCUGGUGUAGAGCCUGACUGCUCAUGAAGAAUUUUUUUGUUUUUAGGUUCCAGGAUUUUCAAGGAGGAUUAAAUUAUUUGCAAGGCUUUCCGAAGGAGCAUUAAAACAUUUUGCUGUUCCUCAUGAAUUUAUUUCAUAUGAAAUUGUGUGAGGUCAGAAGGCACAUUCCAGUUUCCUCCCUCAGUCAGGGCCUCACUAAUGGUCCCUCCCCUUCAGACUCUCAGCUGUGUUCAGUCAACCCAUUCAAUGUCUCAAAGGCUGGGGAAAAUUACAAAAAUUAAUUCGUAUCUAUUUUUGUGAUUUACCUUUAACUGUGGGACGCAGGUGGCGCUGUGGGUUAAACCACAGAGCCUAAUACUUGCUGAUCAGAAGGUCGGCGGUUCAAAUCCCUGUGACGGGGUGAGCUCCUGUGGCUCAGUGCCUGCUCCUGCCAACCUAGCAGUUCGAAAGCAUGUCAGAGUGCAAGUAGAUAAAUAGGUACCGCUCCGGCGGGAAGGUAAACGGCGUUUCCGUACGCUGCUCUGGUUCACCAGAAGUGACUUAGUCAUGCUGGCCACAUGACCCGGAAGCUGUACCCCGGCUCCCUCGGCCAAUAAAGCGAGAUGAGCGCCGCAACCCCAGUCGGUCACGACUGGACCUAAUGGUCAGGGGUCCCUUUACCAUUUUACCUUUAACUGCAUACAUUCCAGCCUCCUAAUAAUAAUGUUUGCUUGAAUAUUCAUGGAGGAUAAGGCUAUCAGUGGCUAUUAGCUAUGAUGGCUGUGUUCUUCCUUCAGUGUUGGAGGCAGUAGACCUCUGAAUGCAAUUGGGGAGAGGGCUGUUGCACUCAGGCUGGCCUUGGGGGCUUCCCAUAGGCAUCUGUUUGGCCCCUCUAAGGACAGAAUGCCGUACUCGAUGGGGUUCUGGUUUGAUUCAGCAGCCAGGCUUUCCCUGUGUUCUUACUUUCCUAGAGAGUAGGAAUUGGUUCCUAAUUGCUAAACCAAAUUCCUUGCAUUCUUACUUGGGAAAACUAAUUACUUUCAGGGCCCCACUCCAGCUGCGAGAACUUGUCAACUGUCGUUGGGCUGAGGAGGUCACCCAGCAGCUUGACACGCUUCAGCUGUGCAAUUUGAACAAGCAUGAAGAAAAUGAAAAGGACAAGUAAGUGGGAUCAGACUGUGAGCUUCGAUGUGCCUUGCCUAAACACUGGUUUAAUUCUGCUCAGAAUUGGGAAAUAAAGUAUUCUAUGUAACAUUUGUUGCCAUCGUGUCAAGGGCUGGAUUGACAAUCGUGUUAAGUAAGAUGCCAGCAAGGGACGCGGGUGGCGCUGUGGGUUAAACCACAGAGCCUAGGACUUGCCGAUCAGAAGGUUGGCAGUUUGAAUCCCUGCCACGGGGUGAGCUCCCGUUACUCGGUCCCUGCUCCUGCCAACCUAGCAGUUUGAAAGCACGUCAAAGUGCAUGUAGAUAAAUAGGUACCGCUCUGGCAGGAAGGUAAACAGCAUUUCCAAGCGCUGCUCUGGUUCGCCAGAAGCGGCUUAGUCAUGCUGGCCACAUGACCCAGACAAGCUGUAUGCCAGCUCCUUCGGUCAAUAAAGCGAGAUGAGCUCUGCAACCGCAGAGUCGGCCACGACUGGACCAAAUGGUUAGGGGUCCAUUUACCUUUACCUUUAAGAUGCCAGAGAGUUUAGAUCUCUUCUUACAGUGCAACUAUUUAACAACAGUCUAAAUUAAGGGUCCACAACUUUGGCUGGCCUUGGCAGCCAAAUUUGUGGUCAUCAGAACCCUGCUUUCUCCCCUCAUUUUUUAGAUUUAGUUUUUUUAAGCACCUUGCUCUUCUUUCCAAGUGUAACCAAGUCCAAGGUUUACACUCACUCUGAUGUAACCAACCUUUUCAUUUCAUUGAGAAAUUGUAUCUUGGGGCUCUUGAAUGGCAUGAAGAACAUAGGAAAACUCUCAAGGUGUUCAGGUUGCCUUUCUCAGGAUGUAUCUUUUUUUCCAAAGAAUUUUAGUAAUUUCUUUGCUCCAUUCUGUUAAAAAAUAUUUUACUAUAGGAAUGGGGGCGUGCCGGUAGGACAAGCACAAAAGAAACAAGUUCAAAUUUAAAGGACAGUGGAUGAGUGAAAAAUAUCAAGAAAGAGGCUAUGGUGAUAAUGUUAAGAGGUCUGUUUUGCCUCUAUAUUUUGCCCUAUAUGGCCAAGAUGUGGGUGGGGGGAGCACAAGUAAUUCCUGAUAGAUACUGACCACACUGUGUAUAAUUUUAAGAGGAUAAUAUUAUUGGGAUAAGUUACCAAAAGUGGUGUGCAGAAGAGAUGAGCAAUUACCAGCAUUUGGUUUUUGAAGAAUGAUUGAGAAACAGUCUUGCAAAAGACAUGUUUGUGUGUGUUUUGCAAACUCUUUUCUUUACUUCCUCCCUCUCCAUAGGUGUGAGAAUCAUCACGAAAAGCUCAGUGUGUUUUGUUGGACAUGUAAGAAAUGCAUUUGCCACCAGUGUGCUCUUUGGGGUGGAAUGGUAAGUGGCAGAAUAGUUUUCUCUGUGAAAGCUGGAGCAAGGCGCUUCCUACUCAGUGCUUGUUUUUUAAUACAGGAGUGCAGCCAAGAGCUCAGAAAGGAUGGUAUAAUUUUGCUUUAUUUAAAUUAAUCUUGUAUAUAUGAUUAUGAUCCUGAAUGGUUUUUCUUUUUUCUUUUUCAUAGCUUGUUUCUGUCAUUACAGAAGAACAUUGCUUGUGCCUUCUUAAAAAGAACAAAGCCAUCCUUCACCAAAUAUAAAACUACUUCAUUGAAACAUUUAACUGAUUCAUUUUAGGAUAUAAGUAACUUUCAAUUACUCAGAUUCCCUAUCUCUGAAGCAGUUAAGUUAUGCAGGUUAUUGAUCCAUCACAAAAAUUCUGAAUAUUGAGAACUACUAGCAGAGAACUUUGUUUGAGGGUUUUUAAAAAAAUUUAAAAAUGUGUUUUGAAAAAGAAGUCUGCCUUAACUAUGAAAAUCUGAUUAGGACAGCCAGCUGCUAUAUAAGCUGAGGUACCGUUGAGGCAUAACUCUUUGUAUCACAGAUUUUUGACAUUCCAAGACGAAGAACAUCCUUACUCAAAACACAUUGGGAAAUCAUUUUUAUACUUCUGUUGUAUUCAAUAGCACCUUUUCCUAUACUGUAUGUGCCCACCCAGGACCUAAGUUUUUAUAUGGAGGUCCUCUAGAGUAGCCCCUCUGGCUGAGAUUCAGAGGGUGCUGAUGAGAGGCCUGUUCAGCAGAGGCUCCCCUCUUGGAGUGGUCUGCCUAGGGUAGCUUGCUUGGUGCUGAUUUUACCAUCUUUUGGGUGGCAGGUAAAGAUGUUCCUCUUAUCCUGGAACUUUUAAAUAUAUUUUUUUCAUUGUCAGCUUUUAACAUCGUUUAUUGACUGUAAUAGUGUUAGUUAAGGCUGUGAUGGAGUGGGUUGUGCUGUUAUUUUUGCAGAUUGAUGUAUUUAUGCUGUUGGGUGGGGGGAAUUUGGAUAGUGCUGGUUUUUAGCUAGGGUUUUAUUGAUUAUAUUUGCUAUAUUGGACGGGUAUAACAUUUAAAUAAAUCACCUAGAGGCUUUCUUUUUUGUUUAAGGCAGCUCAUAAAUAGAUUUGUUGUUUUUGUUUACCUUUCUGGUUCAUUCCAGCAUCAGUGUCAAGAUGCCUCUCUCUACAUGCAGAUCUCACACUUUUAAGGUUCCAACAGUGUUGUUUGCUUUAGAAUUUCAUGUUUAUUCAUUUGGCUCAUGGUAGGUGUUGGCACUUGAAAAUGGUCCUUGUUUAAAUUACAUUUUAUAGGAUUAGAAAAAUGAAGGGCCCUUAAGACAGAGCAGUGCAGUGUUAGUCUUCUAAGUGGGCUGCACCAUAAAGGAAUGCUUCCGUCUGUUUUGCUGCAUAUCCCUGUAGGCUUAUAGACUUAAUGUGAGGAUUACAUUAAUGUGAUAGUUUUCUCUCAACUUCGGUAGAACUACCAAAUAGUAGCCUAACUACCUCCCACUGCUCAAUGAAACCUCUGAUUUGAACUGCUUUGUUGGAACAACAUUCUUUAAACGUCUAGGUCUUUUAAAAAAUAAAUAAAUCUACUUUUAAUGGAGGAAGCUUGGCUUUGUCAAAGUAAGUCCUUUAAGUCCCCUAAACCUUGAAUUAGUCUUCCCAUAAGAGGUGCGUCUGGGAGCUAAUUUAUCCUUUUCCUGAAAUGGUAUAUACAUGUUCAGAGUGUCAAGCCAGUUUCAAAUUAAUUAGCUGAAGAGAUGCACAGUGAAUACAGAACCUCAUUUCAGGCUUUCGACUCAGAAUAGAUUCCUUCAGGAAGUGUGUGACUGGAACAGAAGCCAGAUCCAAGGCUUGUUAACACAUUAAAGACAAGAUAAUAUUCUAUGGGACAGUCUCUUAAGAAGGAGGUGGGGAAGUAACGUGUCCUGUCCUGGUGCAAUGAAGCUGAAGCCUCUGUGUCUUUUUAACAGCAUGGAGGACAUACGUUCAAACCAUUAGCUGAAAUUUAUGAACAGCAUGUCACAAAAGUAAAUGAAGAGGUGGCAAAGCUUCGCCGAAGACUGAUGGAGUUGAUCAGUUUGGUGCAAGAAGUGGUAAGGGCAAUCUUCAUACCCAUUUUGGAUCAACACAUCAUUACAAUGAUGUUCUUAGGAUUUUAUUUAUUUAUUAAAUUUAUAUUGUGCACCUUCUACAAAGGAAAUACACACUGGAAAAAUAUCAUGCCUGUAAUGGGCAAUUUUGCUUCAUUCAUCCUUUGUGCUGGGUUGCAAUCUGUAGACUUAGAAACUUGACACAUUGGGUAAUUUAUUCUGCUUCAUAAGCUGCUCUUUAGUUCAUUCGUUAAAGCAUUCUGGCCCUUGCUGCUCAUUAGCUGAAAAGCCUCCCAGAAUGACUUACUGUUGAUAAAUAAAGAAAAGAUAGUCCUUGCCCUCUAAAAGACACAACACAACAAGGAAAGAAGAGUUGGGGCGGGUGGGGAGCAAGCUCAGGCACCGGUUCUCUUGGAGUCACCAGAGGGCGCUCUUUAGAACACAAACAAAACAAAAUGCACUUGCACUAUAAAAAAGUAUGCAUGCUACUUACUUUUGGGGAUUGUUAUGAUGGAUGUGUCUAGACAAUAGCUUUGUAUAAUAGAUCAUGUUUUCAUUAUAGCUAGUUUAUGCUGUGUUCAAAUGAUCAUGAUGGUGCUGGUUGAAUCAACAUCUUAAAAGUAAAUCAGUCAAAAAAACUUUUACAGCUGCAAGGUGACUUACUUUUAACUGGUUUGUGAAUUUUCCAGCUGGUAGUAAACUAAUGUCUUGUGUGUCUUCCAGGAAAGGAAUGUAGAAGCAGUACGCAGUGCGAAAGAUGAGCGUGUUCGGGAAAUCAGGAAUGCAGUAGAGAUGAUGAUUGCUAGGCUAGACACUCAGCUGAAGAACAAGCUUAUAACACUAAUGGGUAGGCUUGCCUUUUGUUUUGUUAGAUUUUGGGGCAGGCAUCUUUAUUUUGGCAAAACUGUUGCCCACUUGAGAUAAGAGUGAUCCAUAGAACUAUAGCUUUCUCUGUUCCAAAAGGUUGGUAAUAAUUAGAGAAAGCAAAUAUAUUGAGGCCCCCAAAAAGUUAUAUUAGACAAAUUAAACAGUACAGUGAUAUGGCUGGUGGGUGCUCCUUUUCAGGCAUGUCAGGUUUGACAUAGUUGGUAUUUUGCCACCAAGUGAAGACAUACCUGUUUACUCAGACUUUUUAGGUCUUGUAAGGAGUGUCUUUUAGCUUCACUGCUGUGCUUAGCUUUGCUGGUUGUUUUAGGAAUUUGUUUUAUUGAUGACUGUUAAAACUUAUUUUAUAUUUUACUCUGACCUGGUGUUAGCUGAUGAAGAGCCAGCUAUACAUAUUUGUAAUACACAAUAAAAAUAAAUACAUGUUUCAGGCAGGAGGUGUAGCCCACAAGCUACGCUGUAAGUCCAUGAUUUAACUUUGCAUUAAACCUCAAAUUCAUGCUCUUAACUAAAAAGGGGAAAUGUUAACAAAAAUACAGUGAAGUGGAAUCAUAUUACUGCAUAUGAAGCAUCUUAAUUGUAUUUUUGUUACCUGUGAUUUGUUACCUCGUCUGUUACCUGUUUUAUAGUGUUACUGAUUUUAUAGGUUGAUUUGUUACCUCGUCUGUUACCUGUUUUAUAGUGUUACUGAUUAAGGUUAAUUCAUUUUAGUUUUACUGUAUUGCGCCUUCUGUACACCCCUUGGAGACAGCUGUGAUUAAGCAUUAGAGUGGUUAAAUAAAUAAAUGCAUGUAUGUAAUGUAUGUUUUAGGAACUGGCCCUCCAAAUUUUGUAUUAUCCCUUAAAUGCUGUUUGGAUUAGCAUUAAAGCACCAGGACAGUUUACUUAAAAGCCUAUCAUUACGUGACUAUGGCUUUCUUGUCUGGCUUAAAUUAAAUAGGUCAGAAGACAUCCCUCACCCAAGAAACUGAACUCCUGGAAUCCCUGUUACAAGAAGUAGAGCAUCAGGUGAUGGAAGCAGCUGGUUUGAAUCCCUUUGAGAAAGUUUGAUUUAUUUUUAUCCAUCAAUUCUCACUAGCAAAUAGUAUGGGUUUCUUAUUUGGAAUUGAAUUUAUAUGUGUCAUAUGUAAAUUCUGCUAACAGUACCCCAGUUUUGGCCCUGAGUGCUCACUGGAAGGACAGAUCCUGAAAGUGAGACUCCAAUACCUUGGCCACCUCAUGAGAAGAGAAGACUCCCUGGAAAAGACCCUGAUGUUGGGAAAGAUGGAGGGCACAAGGAGAAGGGGACGACAGAGGAUGAGACGGUUAGAUAGUGUUCUUGAAGCUACCAGCAUGAGUUUGACCAAACUGCGGGAGGCAGUGGAAGACAGGAGUGCCUGGCGUGCUCUGGUCCAGGGGGUCACGAAGAGUCGGACACGACUAAACGACUAAACAACAACAAUAUUAGUGGGGUGUAUGGGUUGUUAGGGGAGGGGUAGUAUCUGCAAUGGGGGACACAUUGUGGUCCUUCUGGGGUAGUAUGUCCACCUUUGGUCCCCACUGCACUCAGUUCUCACCUGUGGAUCCUAGAAGCUAUCAGCAUGUUUCAGCAGCCCCCCUCCACUGCUUUGACUGGCUGGCUAAACCAGGUGAGGGUCACUGUUGGUUCUCAAACCCUCGGUGAGUUAGGGAUUUCUCCUACAUGCGAAGACAAGCUCCAGUGAAUUGAAUGGACGAGACCAAGAUUGGGUCCAAAGAUCAAGAAGGCAGUUUCUGCACGUGCUAUAGAGGGAAGUAAGGGGCAGUUGUGGCUUGUCAACCUGGGAAGGUAGCCCAUCUAGGAGAAGGAAAACUCUGAUCCUAAGCCUCCGUUGCCUUGUGGUAUACCUUCAAGAAACGAAAAGGCUCAGGAGUAAACCCUGCACAAAUCUGAAGUGGAAUCUAACAGUUGGAUAGUGCCUCCUUUCAGCAACUCCUUCAGCCAAGCUGGUGUGAAAUGUAUUGCUCUGCUUUCCUUUUGACCACAUCAGUGGGUAGCCCAGGACCUCCAUGAACACUGCCCAGGCUUGCACCCUGGGGAGUUCACUUCGAUGCUGCUAACACAGCAGUUUGACUUCAUCCCUGGAGGCACACUCCAUUGUCUCUUGAGACAGACAGAUGCCAACAAUGAUUAGCAUUUAGAGAAUUGCUCUUAGGAACACAUUUUGUGUGUGUGUUUGUAAUAACAGAUGGCUACAUACAUCCAUUCUGUUUUAAAGCUUGGAUGCAGCAGAAGUAUUAGUCUUCCUCAUUUGGCAAAUUUGAAUUAUUUUACUUGAUUUGGUUGGCUUUCUUAAAAGUUUGAAGCUUAUUGUUUAGACAUUGCUAUGCUGGAUAUCCUUAGUCCUCCGUCUGGGCAUUGCUGCUGCAGCUUAAGCUUAGCACUGACACUUUUAAUAUAUUAAACCAAUUAAAAAUGCUACCUCACUUGGUGGAUUUAUUGACAUUGGCAUGCAUUUGUUCUCCAUUUCCUCUUUUUGCAGCUACGGUCAUGCAGUAAAAGUGAACUGAUAUCAAAAAGCUCAGAGAUAUUGAUGAUGUUUCAGCAGGUGCAUCGGAAACCCAUGGCCUCUUUUGUCACUACACCUGUCCCUCCAGACUUCACAAGGUACUCCAGACUCUACUAGUUUUAAGUUUGCAGAUUUGUUGUUGUAAAAGCCAUUUGAUCCUUAUUCAUGCAAGCUUCCCAAGGUGUACGUGUACACACAGGAUGUCAUAUUCUACAGUCAAUAGGCAUUGGUGAAAUCCUCAUUAUUAUUACCCCUGACAAUUGCAAGGAAAGGGAUUGUUGACCUGCAUACAUAGAUUCUAUGCAGACAUUAAGUCCUAGGUGAAGAUUGUCCAGUGGGUAAAAGGGAUCUGGCUCCCCACAACUCUUUGGGGAUUUCUUUCUUGCAUUUGUAUCUCACUUUUUUCUCCAAGGAGGUCAAGGUGGUGUGUACAUGGUUCUCCCCCUCCUCAUUUAAUCCCCACAACAACUUUGUGAGGUAGCUUAGGCUGAGAGCCACCCCAGGGUCACCCAGUGAGCUUUAUGGCUGAGUGGGGAUUUGAUCUCUGGUCUACCAGGUCCUAGUCUGACACUCUAGUCAUGAUACCAUGUGUUAAUCAUGCUUUUAGUUUGGCCCAGUGACAGAUUUCUGCAAUUGAGGCAGCCUCACGUUUUUUGUAAAGCGGAUGAUAAAAAUGGUCAGUAAUGUAUGGCGCUGGGAUGCUAGAUUGAAGGCCAGACCUAUAGUCGGCUUCUCCCAUGGAACUUUUAUCCACCCGAGAGUUCAGGCUCCACUUCCCUCAGUGUUGGUAAGAGAGAACACCUGAAGUGGGACCAGCAAUGCUUAUUUGACUUUGGUGUGUCUCAGACCGCCAGAGUAUAGCCCAAGUUUGUUCAUAUGACUGCAUAAAGCUAAGGGUACAAUCACUAUUGCAACAAGACUGAUUGCCUAACAAGUUGUUACCAUCCUUUUUAGUAAUGUUGUGAGUGAACUGUGGAAACUUCCUGCAGUUUUUUAGGGGCAUUUGGAGAGUCAUUUGUAUGCCAGUCAUGUUCUUGGUAAGCAAAUCGUUUUCUUACCUUGCACUUUCAAGUCUUACCUGUUAUUUUCCUUCCUGUAGUGAGUUGGUUCCUGCAUAUGAUUCAACUACCUUUGUCUUGGAGAACUUCAGGUAGGGACAUGACUUACCAAAAAGUGGGAUUCUAGCUAGCUUGGGUGCGAUCCUGGAGUUUAAUCAGAGGUUAGGCUAAACCUGUUGCCACUGGCAGGGUUUCAAUUCCAGAACACAUUAAGUUGUAUUUUAUUGUGUUCUGUGCACAAACAUCUGACUAAGGGAGGAGGCUCUUUUAUCCCUUGCUAGCUCCUCCUCCUGUUGUUAUUCCUCUUGCAGCGACAUACUGAAAUAUUGAACAGAAUCUAACUGUUCAACAGAUUAUUCCCCUUCAGAAGAGCAUGAAUUAUCCUCCAGAUUGGUUUAUGUAAGCAGCUCACUUUCCCAGCUGGAACAAAAGAAUUGAACGCGAUGCUUAAUUUGUUCUCUGUGGUAACUGGGGACCCAAAAUCUGUUUUUCAGAAGCAAGGGUCAAACUCUGAAGUCAGCGUUUCCCAUAUCUUAUGUUUGCAGGGACUGUAUUUAUCACCUUCCUCACUAGAGAGUGCUUCUGAGUAUGCGCAGAGUGCAUUUCACCAGCAUCAAAUAGCCACAAUCCAUUUAGAAUGAGUGGGGUCAGGCUUUUGUGUUGCUAUAUGGAUACCAACAUGAUCUCCCCCAGAAGUUGUUGGAGUCCCAUUCCCAUCAGUCCCAGCCACCAUGGCCGGUGAUUGUGUUUGAUAUGAGUUACAGUGCAACAUCACCUGGAGGGCACACAUUGGUUACCCCGUCCUACUGUCUUCUACAAGAUAGGAGGGUGUGUACAAAUAUAAGGAAGCUUUUGAGGUGUGAAAGAGAGAACUAUAAGGGAGUUUAUAAUAAAAGCCUUGGAAAAGAAUAAAGAGGAGUGAGGCAUAGAACAGAACACGGAAAUGUUUUUGCAUAAUGGAAUGGCUGCUAAAGAAAAUUCUAAUGGUGUGUAUUGAGAGAGUGGAUCCUAGUGAAUAAUUAUUUUGUAUUUCCUUAGGUUUGAAAAUGCACAUUAAGGAAUGCUUGCUCUAGAGAUGACGACCCUCCCGUUUGUGUUGAAAGAUUUACUUUAACCUUUGCACUGAAUAUUUAUUUCUCUCAUCUCAACAGCACUUUACGCCAGCGGGCAGAUCCCGUUUACAGUCCACCUCUUCAAGUUUCUGGGCUUUGCUGGAGGCUCAAAGUUUAUCCAGUGAGUGUGGCUGAUACUGUUAACAAACAGCUACUGAAAUCUUGGUCAUAACCUCACUCCUGGUGCAUUGUGAUCCAUAACUUGGCCUGCAGUGUUCUAUUCUUAUGAGUAGUCCUGAGGUACAACUUCCAGAAACCAAAAAUGUCAGUCUCUGGGUUAAUUACCUGGAACUAAUAUUUAAAAGAAUGUGGGGAAAACAUAAUAGGGGGGAGUCUUGAAAAAAGAAUCCUCAUGAUUUGAUAUACCAUGGAUGCACCAGAAGAAAAGCUAAAAUACCUCUUAGUAGGACCAUUUCCUAAAAAGCAGCUUGGAUAUUGCAAGCAGUUUCUGUUCAGUACUACAGAUGGAUCACAAGCCCCUUAUUUUUUUAAGCCAAUCACACCUGGGAUACUUUUUAAUGUUGUUCUUUUUUUCUCUAGCAGCAGCACUUACCCAGUACGGGGUGAAUCUGUAAAGCAAGCAUGUAAUGGCCAAAGGAAUAAGGCAAAAAAAAUAAAAGUGGUCUAGCAUUGACAGGCAAUGUAAAUAAUUACUUAUUUAUUGCAUGGCACCUCACAUGUUAACCGGUUAUUCUGAAAGCUUACAAUUUUGCUAAGAUUUGAAUCUUUGACACAACCCUUAAAAUUGCCUCUGUAGAAAAGCCAAAAAUCUGUGCUCUAGAUGUAUUAUGCAGGUUAGGAACUUUGCCAAUAGCUUUUAUGCAGCUUCUGUUUUCAAAUAAUAUGGUAAAAUGGAGGAAAGGAAAAACCUUGUGGCUGCCUGGUGGGUAAAACAAAGUGACAAAGAACAGAAAAACCGUAAGAGGGAGGCCAUGCCACAAUUUUAGUUUUCUAGAUUUUGGACCUUUAUAUGCUGCUGAUAUUAUUUCCAAGCAGUGAGGCCUAGAGGAAAUAUUCCGCUUUUAAAAAUGCAAGAUGUUUUUCACAUUAUAAUACUGCAUUACCACAACACCGAAGAAAUCUUCCCAGUUUGUGGGUAUAAACGUUUUGUUGAACCACAUUCUGAUUGUAUAGGGCCUAACUGAGGAGGGGCAACAUGUUUGGCUGUUGAGGGCGCUUAUUCACGGUGGCAAAUAAGUUAGUACUCCAAGGCUGGAAGAAAAAUAUCUGCCACUGGUUGUGCAACAGACUGAAGGCUUAUGUCUUUUGGCAGCAAAUGAAAGGGCAGCCUUCUGGCAGAGGCAACAGGAAGGAAAAUAUCUAGUCAUUUGGGUUCCUUACGCCAAUCUAUUUGCAUGAAGCAGCACUGUGUGACUUUAUACUAUCUUUUAUUUAUUUGACAUUUUUCUGUCUUCCUCCAAAAAGAGAGCACAGGACAGCUAAUGACAUAAAGCAAUAGAUCAAUCAUAAAAACAUGGAAAACAUCAAAUGGCUGCUUAUCAAUAACCGCUUAACAGAUAAUACCUCCCCAACACCAAGCAUACCUCAAAAGCCUGAUGAGUUAUCCAAUUGUGUGUGAACAUAGCUGAUUGCACCUGUGAGGGUGUUUCAUAGUGCUGGCCUUGAGGGUGCCCUGUCUUCUGUAAAUAUCUUCCUCACCACCAGUACUGAAGGAAGAGCAAGCUGGACCUCUUCCAAUAAUGGCAAAGACUGCGUUGAAAAGUGCUGGGGAAGACACAUUUUCUUUUUCUCUCCUGGAUCACGCCGACUCCACCUUGUCAUGGGAGCCAGGCUGAACAUAUAACCAACUCUAUGCUUGGACCGACAAAGUAGUAAGACAGCCCCAUGCUUGUCGUGGUGGCCAUAAAGUCCUGAUCUGACAUGACAAGGCAGCCCUGACAUGGAGAUUGAAGUCCCCCAAGAAUAAUAUGCUGGGAUUCUUCAAAUCUAUUCCAGAAACACCUCCUUAAGCCCAGUCAGGCUGUGUGGGAAGUGGUAUACAAGCAGCAUCUUGUAAGACAGGGUAGCAUGCUAACAGGGUUUACUCAUCCCCUCUUCUUUUUCUCCCACACCUUUUCCUUGGUUGUCUCUAGUUCUUACUGGUUUCUAUGAAAAAUUCUUCCACGCACACACACACAAAAUUAUUAACAAAUGUGAGAAGAGGUUACCAUAAGAAGGAGAAACUAUUAUAAACUAUUACCCUAAGAAGGAGAAACACUCAAGUUCUGUUUAUUUGAACAUGCACCAAGCUGCACCCAUAGGAGGGGCUAGUGGCUCCGGUGCUAUGGUGCUGGUGCUUGGCUUUUGAGGCCAAAGUACCAUAAGACAUUUGGGGCUUCAGUGCACAAGUGGUUUCUGUGAUGUAAAGUCCCCUCAAACAGAUCACCAAUUUGUUGAUGGUAUUUAAGCAUUGGUGGUGGCAGGGGGGGGGGAGCAUUCUCUCUCAGUUUAGACUCUCCGGAACUGUGCAUCAGGUAAAAGCCCACUUCAGCUGUAUUUUCAAUAAUUGCAGGAAGCUGUAUUAUGAACUUUGAAAUCUCAUUUGGCAGGUAGUAGGCAUGUUGUAAGAAACUAACUUUGACUUGAACGUUUUUUAAAGGAUGGAAACGGAGUGGUGCGAGGCUAUUAUUUAUCUGUAUUUCUCGAGCUGUCGGCUGGAUUGCCAGAAACAUCCAAGUAAGAACAAUCACUGUUUCCCCCUGUGUUUGGAAUAGGGUUGCACUCUGUGUCUGUGGUAAUGUUGGAGGGAGGAAGCAGGGAGUCUAGUUAAAUUAUGUGUCUGACCAAACAUGAAAUGUAUGCUCAAACCAUGUGAUUCUGUAGUAAAGAACCUAGGCAGUAUUACUUAGUCCAAUCUUUUAGGGGUCUUCACCAAAAACUGUGCUCGAUCCAAAAAGUCCUUCUUUGUGUGGAAAAGGCUUUGGUCCAGAAGAGUUUUCUAUGAAUGGAAAUAGUGUGGCAGUUUUUCCAGUUCCCCCUGAGCCCCCCUCCCACAACACUUCCUAUUCUGUUCUGAAUGGUCCCCAAUCUUCUGGAACGAGUCUUUGAGUAUGCUAAGGCAAAGCAGAAUUGUUGAAAAUUGCCUGCCACAUUUAUGUUGAGGAAAGUUUCCCUUGGACCAGAGCUUGUUUAUUUACACAAAUAUUUGUAUACACAAAAAUUAAAAUGGAUCACUAGCUGACUAUUCAAUGGAAAACAUUUGUCUUAUUGUCUGCAUAAAUAAGCCUGGUGGCAAAGAAAAUAUUUCAGCAAAUUUUUGAAGGUUAGUAUAGAAGCCCUGCCAAGUCUCCAGUCUUCAAGAAAGGGCUAAUAACACUGAAGCUCAGUUUUGUGCUGAUGUCAAAUGAGCCUCACCCAGCUCAGAACUACCAGCAAAUCCUACAGAUGAUCUUGGUGACCAAGCUGGGAUAUAAAGGUUCUACAAAUAGAAGGAGUUAUUUUGUUUGUGGAAGGGCAGAUAUAAGCCGGUUAUGUUAAGAGUUGUAGAAUAUCAGCACUUUUCUAGACUCCCCUUGAAUAUUAAUAAUAAUUUUAUUAUUUAAACCCCACCCAUCUGAAUGAGCCAUGUUAGAUUUUUCCAAAACUCUGUGGAUUCUGUGACCAAAAUUAUGUGCCCAGGCAUCCAAGAGCAGGAUUCUGUUGCCUAGAUCAGUUAUGCAAAUUCACCACAUUUCCAUAGCUCUGAUUUAGCUAGUCAUGGGGGAGAUGGAGAGGGGGGAGAAAGAGAGUGGUACAUCUCAGAAUCUUUUUCAGCCACCUUCAUUUUCUGGAAAUUCACUAGGCAUUUCCCUCAAAGGAUAAGACCAUCAAUGGCUACUAUUCGCCAUGAUAGCUAUUUCCCCUCCACUGUUGGAGGCAGAAUGCGCCUGAAUAUCAGUUGCUGGGAAUUGCAGGUGGGGAGAAUGCUGUUCCCCGUCUGCCCUACGUUGUCCUUAUGUCCUGCUCCCAGGCUUCACACUGGGACAGCUGGCUCUAACAAGGGCUGCUAAAUAUUUUAUUGGACAUUUUGAGUGUGUGUGACUUUUGGCUUAAAUGCCCUCUGCUUGUGGGGAAAGUGGCUUAAGUAAUGUAGUUUCAUGGUCAUAUUUGGCAAGAAGGGAAUAUUUGACAGAGGUGUUGUGCUGAACUUGGUCUGAACAGCUCUGUUAAUUGCAGUGGGAAAUUGAUUUCAAAUGCAGCCAAGUGGCUGGCCAGCCUGUCUUUCAGGUGAGCUAGAGGUUACCUGCCAAAAAAUUACCAUAGAUGCUAGGUCACCAAGAAUUUAGUCCCUGAGCAGCUUUUUAAGCACAGCUGAUUCAAAGGCUUCAAAACAUCCACAGCCAGAUUGUGUCCUUGACAAGGAACCAAGCCUGCCACUCCUGCCAAUCUGAAUCUGAGCUAAGAGACCUGUGGCCCUCCCAACAUGUUGCUGAACUACAGUUCCCAUCAUAUCUAACAAUUGGCUAUGCAGGCUAUGCCUCAUGGGAAUUGGAGUCCAAUAGCAUCUGGAGGGCCAAAGUUUUCCCGGCCCUGAUGUGAAUAAAAACCCUGGUCCCCAAUCCUAGUUUUUCAGGGGUCGGUUUCAUUUAGAUUGCUUGAGUUUUGGGAGGUAAGCUACAGCUAAUAAAUGUGCUUUUUUGAAAAGGUCUGUGAAAUAAGAUGGGAAGGUUGGUUAUGGGUUUAUUUGUCUCUUCAUAUUUUAAAUCAUUUUGAUAGUACAGUUGUACCUUGGUUUUGAACAGCUUAGUUCAUGAACAACUAGGAACUCGAAAGCUGCAAACCCGGAAGUAGGUGUUCCAGUUUGCAAACUUUGUCUCAGAAGCUGAACAUUUUUGGUUGAAGACAGUUGUAGCCAUGGUUGCACCGGUUGUUCUUACCCUCUUGUGUCAGGUGUGCCCUCCACAUAAGAUGUUGGACUCUCAACAACCCAGCAGCUUCUGGUUGGCGAAGGCUGUCUGGCAUUGGUUGUUACCGCAGUGUAUACCCUUAUCCAUGCACCCAUCACAUCAGCAUUUUUUAAAUAUCCCACGGAGAUAUCUAUGGCCUCACUGUUGCUAGUCUUUGAAAAAAGGCUGAAGACACACUUAUUCAAGUCUGUGUUUGGCUGAAUAGUAGUGCUGCUGUUGUGGUUUUUUAUUUAGUUGUAUUUUCAUGUGACUUAUGCCCUGCCUCACAGGACAGCCAUGCAUUGAAAUGCAGGUUUGUUUUUUGUUUAAACAAAACUAAAAGCUGGUAGAAAGAUGACAUGCUUGCUAAUUGAUGGAAAUUUAUUAAUUAGUGAAAUGUAACUUAGGAUAUAAUUGAACCAACAAUUACUGUAACAAAGCUCAACAAUUAUAACUGAAGUAACUAAAUGUUCUUCCCCUUUUUGCCACUGUUUCAUUCCCCUUCCACUUCCUCCUGUGUGAAUAUACAGAAUGUAAGCCCCUGGGGGCCAGGCCCUGUCCUCUCAUUCUUUGCAAAAUGCCAUAUACAUGGGUGGCACUAUAAAAUUAAUAGAUGUUAAUGUAUGGUUCCACAUAAGGUCAGGUCUAGCACUGGGAGAUUUAUUUUCUGUUUGCCUGUGGCAUUUUUGUUUUGUAGGUAUGAAUACCGUGUGGAAAUGGUCCACCAGUCCACUAAUGAUCCUGCUAAAAAUAUCAUUCGAGAGUUUGCGUCUGAUUUUGAAGUUGGCGAGUGCUGGGGUUACAACAGGUUCUUUCGACUGGACUUGCUUGCUAAUGAAGGCUACUUAAACAGGCAGAAUGACACCGUCAUCUUAAGGUACGGGAGAGGCCUACUGCGCAAGUGCUGUAAGGGUGCAAGAUGACCACAGAUAGCUUUUUGAGGGUGGAUGGUAGGAAAAGGAACCUCUUGGCACCGCAUCCUAUGUGGUGGGGGAGCAGCCCUUGCCUUACUCUAUUUGUAUCUGUUUGUAGUGUUGUAAUGGUGAGAGGAGUUCAAUUUAACUUGUUUAGUAGGCCUGUCUCUUUAAAAAGUUCUCAAGAAUUUUAAUUGAGUAAUCAUUGCCCAAUAAAUGUGAAUAUUGGCUCGACCUCCAAGUUGGUGCCUUUUGAUGUAUGAGGACUUUGCCGAUUAAUAGAUGCAAGCUACCUGUCACUGUUACAGGGAAGGGUAUUCUCUAAUAUAAUUUUGAUCUCUGUUACAGUAGCACUUCAGAAGCAAAAUAAGCAUCAGUAAACAAAGUGUAACCUUUAAGCUUUAGCUGAUUUAAUUCACUUAUUUAAAUUAGCAGCCUAAAUUUUUUAGGAGCAAAUGGGAUGAAGCUGGAUGGCUCUGUCCCUCCUUUCAGAUUCUUCUUUAACGAUGGUGACACAAGGUUGCUGUCGCAGCUUUGUAGAGAACCCAACUGCUAAUAUUUUAUUUUUUUUAAAUUAUAUUUAUUAAAAGUUUUAAAAUUACAGAAAAAAGAAAAAAGACAGCAAUAAAAAAGAAAAAAAACAUAGAAAAGCAAUACAACAAUACAGCAAAAAACCCCAAAGAAAACUAAAACUAAAACACACAUCCAAUAUUCCAUGUCUUUACCUUUCCUUUACUUGUUUCAUCGACCUCCUCACACCUCCCUUUUUUUGUAUUCUAGUUCAAUUCACUAUUUCAGCAAAUUCUUCCCAUCUUUCUCAAUUUUUUUCCUAUAAUUUAUCUUAACGAUCUAACCUUAAAUUUUUUCAUUUUAACCCGUUAUCAAUCAGCUUUUACUUAAUUCUUUGUUGCAUUUCUACUAAAACCAUAUAACUUCAUUCCAGCAUCCUUCUAACACUCAUUAAUUUUACAAUGUUUCUGUAAGUAUACUUUGAAUUUUUUCCAAUCUUCUUCCACCGACUCUUCUCCCUGGUCUCGGAUUCUGCCAGUCAUUUCCGCCAGUUCCAUGUAGUCCAUCAGCUUCAUCUGCCAUUCUUCCCUGGUGGGUAGAUCUUGUGUCUUCCAAUGCUUUGCAAUAAGUAUUCUUGCUGCUGUUGUAGCGUACAUAAAAAAAGUUCUAUCCUUCUUUGGCACCAAUUGGCCGACCAUGCCCAGGAGAAAGGCCUCUGGUUUCUUCAGGAAGGUAUAUUUAAAUACCUUUUUCAUUUUAUUAUAGAUCAUCUCCCAGAAUGCCUUAAUCUUUGGGCAUGUCCACCAAAGGUGAAAGAAUGUACCUUCAGUUUCAUUACAUUUCCAACAUUUGUUAUCGGGCAGAUGGUAGAUUUUUGCAAGCUUGACUGGUGUUAUGUACCACCUAUAAAUCAUCUUCAUUAAAUUCUCUUUUAAGGCAUUACAUGCCGUAAACUUCAUACCAGUGGUCCAUAACUGUUCCCAGUCGGCCAUCAUAAUAUUAUGUCCAACAUCUUGUGCCCAUUUAAUCAUAGCAGAUUUCACCAUUUCAUCUUGAGUAUUCCAUUUCAACAGCAAGUUAUACAUUCUUGACAAAUUCUUAACUUUAGGGUCUAACAAUUCUGUUUCCAACUUUGAUUUUUCCACCUGGAAGCCUAGUUUUUAUCCAAGUUAUAUGCCUCCAUUAUUUGAUAAUAAUGGAGCCAAUCUCGUACUCUGUUUAAUUUUUCAAAGCUCUGCAGUUUUAAUCUGUCACCCUCUUGUUCCAAAAUUUCCCAAUACUUCGGCCAUUUGGCCUCCAUAUUGAGUUUUUUCUGAGCCUUUGCUUCCAUUGGUGACAACCAUCUUGGGGUUUUAUUUUCUAACAAAUCCUUAUAUCUUAUCCAGACAUUAAACAGUGCUUUUCUUACAAUAUGGUUUUUGAACGCUUUGUGUGCUUUAACCUUAUCAUACCACAAAUAUGCAUGCCAACCAAAUACAUUAUUGAAACCUUCCAAAUCCAAAACAUCCGUGUUUUCAAGAAGCAUCCAUUCUCUCAGCCAACAAAAAGCGGCUGAUUCAUAAUAAAGUUUUAAGUUUGGCAGGGCAAAUCCACCUCUUUCUUUAGCAUCAGUUAAUAUCUUAAAUUUUAUACGAGGCUUCUUGCCCUGCCAGACAAAUCUGGAGAUAUCUCUCUGCCACUUCUUGAAACAGUCCAUUUUGUCCAAAAUUUGCAGUGUUUGAAACAAAAACAGCAUUCUUGGCAAUACAUUCAUUUUUAUCACAGCAAUUCGGCCUAACAACGAUAGCUUCAAAUUUGACCAUAUUUCUAAAUCUUUUUCACUUCAGUCCAACAUUUUUCAUAGUUAUCCUUAAAUAAAUUCACAUUCUUAGCAGUCAUGUUAACCCCUAAAUAUUUCACUUUCUUAGCCAGUGUCAGUCCUGUCUCCUUCUGAAACUUAUCUCUCUCAAUCUCUGUUAGAUUCUUCUCUAAAACCUUAGUUUUCGUCUUAUUCAACUUAAAACCUGAGAACCCAACUGCUAAUAGAACAUGUGUUAUUCUUGUAUGGGACUUUUGUAAGCAUUGUGAAGUUUUCCCCUCCUUCUGCCCCCCACAAGGUUCCAGGUGCGGUCACCCACCUUCUUCCAGAAAUGUCGGGAUCAGCACUGGUACAUUUCUCAGCUGGAAGCUGCUCAGACAAGCUAUGUCCAACAGAUAAAUAACCUUAAAGAGGUAAGCAGCAUUGUGACACGUGAAUGCUAAAUUGAGGGACAAUGCCAUUAACUAUAGUGGGUGGCUGAUAUUUUGGGGGGCAAGUGUAUUAGGCUAAUUUGAACAAUGAAACAUGAAUGUUAGUGUGUUGUGCUUGUUUCCCAGACUGCUGAGGGUUUAGGAACCUUUCUUAUUUUCUGUAUUUUGAAAUUGGAAGCAUGCUUCAAUUUACACUUGGGUCCAUGGGAAGUUUUCUUAUGUUGAGUCAUAACAUUGGUCCAUCUAGCUCAGUACUGUCCACAUUGAGAGGCAGCAGUAGUUUUAGAUGGGGCAUUCCCUCUACUACCUAGAGAUGUCACUGGGGAUUGAACCUAGAACCCUUUUGCAUGCAAAGCAUGUGCUCUACCCCAGGCUUCCUCAACCUCAGCUCUCCAGAUGUUUUGAGACUACAAUUCCCAUCAUCCCUGAGCACUGGUCCUGCUAGCUAGGGAUCAUGGGAGUUGUAGGCCAAAAACAUCUGGAGGGCCGACGUUGAGGAAGCCUGCUCUACCCUUUGUCCUGCAGCACCUUUCCAGAUGUGCAAGAGCUGUUUGCCUUUAGAAGGACCUACCUCUGAAUUUCUGCAUGAGUCACUGAUCUGGGUGUGCUUUCUCAGGCAGGUAAAGCUGCUGCAUCUGUGCAUCUGGAGUGAUUGAUCCAAUCACAUCCAAUGUAGAGAUGUGUCAGAGCUAUCUGUCUCCAGGAGAGGCUAACUGAAAAGAGAAAAGCGAAUCAGGAGUAGAUGUGGUGGGUAAUCUCUUUGGGUACGUAACUUGGGCAUCACAGCUCUUGCUGUCAGUCACCAUGCGGUUUGCGAACAACUGGUUUAGUAUUACAGUCGUACCUUGGAUCUCAAACGUCUUGGCUCCUGAACAAUCAAAACCUGGAAGUGAGUGUUCCGGUUUUCGAACAAUUUUUGGAAGCCAAACGUCUGCAGCUUCUGAUUGGCUGCAGGAAUUAGAAGCCACACUUUGGUUUCUGAACGUUUUGGAAGUCGAAUGUACUUCUGGAACAGAUUCCGUUCGACUUCCAAGGUACGACUGUAUAAAGAAUGUUGGCUACAUUAAACCUAUGCCUUCCGUUUUCCAUAUGUGUAUGCUUUAUUUCCUUUUUCUUUUUUAAAUGACAGAGGCUUGCAAUCGAGCUUUCUCGUACCCAGAAAUCCCAUGGCAUGUCGCCCCCCGAUACUCACCUCAGCCCACAAAGUGAUGAUGGUCCAGAAGCAAGACCUAAGAAGUCAGGAUCAAACUCUGAAGUGCAUCUUGAGGCUGUGGCCAGCACAGCAUCUGCUAGAGAAGCAAAGGAUGACGAGGAAGAAAAAAUACAGUAUGAAGACUUCAAUGUAAGAAUCCUCCUCUCCUGCCCUGGUGAAUUUGCAGUAAUGACCAAACAUGAGAUCAUGUCAAUGGCCCUUUAGUCCAGCAUCCUAGUUUCACAGUGGCCUACUAGAUGCCUCUUCUGAGAAGCCCAGAAGAAGACGCUGAGCACAACAGCACUCCUCAUUUGUGAAUCUCAGCAACUGGUGGUAUUCAGAGGCACGCUGCCUCCGAUGGUGAAGGGGAGAACACGGCCCAUGUGGUUAUUGGCCACUGAUAGCCUUCUUCUCCAUGAAUUUGUCUGAGUCUCUUUCAAAGCCAUCCAAGUUGUUGACCAUCACUAUUUAUUGUUGGAGCAAAUCCCAAUGCCUGUAGAUCAGCCUGUGCUAAUGGAGAGGGGUUGUGCUUGGUAAGCAGGAAAGGGUAGAUCACAGGUACACAUCUGAAAAUAGUAGCCAACCUGUUUUGCUAACUGUUGCUGUGUUGUUUGAAUUUCAAAAUAGAUUACAUGCUUGGUGGUACAGAGGGACAUCUGGUAACGGAGCCUUUUAUCAGUGCUGAAACACACACCCUUUCAAUGUCUGUGCCCAGAGCAUGCAAAUCUGUGUUUAGUGUUGCUGAAUUCUACUAUCUUGCAUAAUGUAUUCUGUUUUUGGUAGUUGUGGAAACCUUAUUCAUUGACCACCACCUUGGCUUUGGAGAUUUCAGAAGGCAAAUUAGGCAUACAGUAUCUGUUUUUAAUCAGUAAGACCUAGAAAAAAUGUUUUUUAAUCAAAGUAGUGAUUCUCAGGGAGCUCAGUUCUGUACCUAAUACCAUGCCUUCCUUCCAAGGAUGAGGAUGUUCUUAGGUACUCUAUCCCACUUACUUGCUACAGUUAGCAAGCCAAUAGACAUUACUCUUGUUCAUUCUACGCUGUGAGAGGAAAGUCCUCUUCUGCCAUGCUCCAGGCAUCAGCAGGUCUCUGAUUCUGGAAUAGGGCCAGCUACCCCCUGGAAUUCUGGGGGUACGGGCAGACUCCUGUGUGUUCCUGGCUUACAUAAGAAUAUAAGAAGUGCCUGCUGGAUCAGACCGAUGGGCCAUCUAGUCUAGAAUUCUGUUCCCACAGGGUUCAGCCAGAUGCCUGUGAGAAACCUGCUUCCAGAGUUCCCUCUUUCCAGUUAACCAGCUAAACAUUAGUGUCACUGCUUUCUCUGCGCCAGGAUAACCAACAUGGUCCUCUCCAAGUGAUGUGGACUCCAUAAUCCCCUGACUGUUGGCCACGCUGGCCGGGGCUGAUGGAAGUUCUUGGGCUACCAACUGGAGAGCAGCAUGUUGGCUGCCCCUGCUCUGCACUGCACACACAAGCAUUAUUUCAGAGCCAUUUUUGCAUGCUCUUGACUGCAGCAUGAACUCUCAGAUGGGGACCUUGAUGUCGAUCUUGUUGGGGAGGACGAGGCAAACCACCUUGACGGCAGCAGCUCUUCAGCUAGUUCCACAGCGACCAGCAACACAGAAGAAAAUGAUAUUGAUGAAGAGACGAUGUAAGAGACCCUGUUCUUGUUCUGCCAUCUUUGUUGUCUAUUGAAAUGGAAGCGCCUUCCAUUUGGAGGCAGGGUUGGGAGGGGAAAUCCUACCCUAGAUGAUUGUUGCUCCCAAGGCAGCUAACAAAGCAUAAGGACAAAGGAAACACUGUAAUAAAAAAAUUAUCUAUUUCAUUUAUUUAACAAAAUUCAGACAGCGCAUGGCUGCAAUAAAACCUGUAAGCAGUUUACAAAAAAAUCCCAACAUAAUUAUCAAUAAAAGGACAGGUAUUGAAAAGCAUUCAGAAGAUAAUGAAAAUCAACAAGCCAAAAAGAGAUUAAAAUUCAUGUCCAGUUCUGCAUGUCUGGAAAGGCUUGCCUAAAGAAAAAUGUCUGGAGAGGCAGCACAGAGGUGCACUUACAAAUAUUUGGCUUCUUUCUAAGACUACAUGCCUAUACAUUUCAAAUGCGAUGUUUUUUCCAGUGGUCUAUGCUUUUAAUAGAAUGAGGGUUCAAGGGCUGAGAUAGUGAUGAAUGAGCAGAAUGAACAUUUUUAGCACUGGGGUAUUGUUUAUGAGUUUUAUUGGGGUUGUUGCUAUUAAUUUUUUAAUAUCUUUAUUUUGGAUCUAAUGAUUCAUGUGGAAAUUGUUCAGUCUGGUUUUGUACUUUUUGACGUUUUGUUUAUUGCUUAUUACUAUUUUUGUUAAGCUUGUAUUUUUUAUAUGUUGCAAUCCGCCUUGAGCAUGGUUUUAACUUUGGAAAGGUAGCAUACAAAUAAAAUGAUUGAUUGAUCCAUUGAUUGAUUGAGAUAGCAGAAUGAACUGUACCACUUCAGAGUGUAAGUGGGAGAUGAAGUGGAUAUUCAACACACUUGUGGCCAUGCAGUUGAACUUGCCUUCCAUCUCCUCUCCCUAUGUGCCCCCUAAAAUCUGUUCUGGGGGUUCCCCAAGCUAUCUAGAACAGAUUUGGGGAGGGUGCAGGGGGAGAGGAUGGGGGAAUUCUGUUGUGGAAACAGAAAUGUUAAAGGGUAGAAAAAACAAGUCUUCCUGCAAGGAGAAAAGUAGCAAAGCUAGAACCUUUUGGAUAUCUACCUUGUAGGAAGUAUUGAAGUAGCUGAAGGGGUAGAAUCCAUUCCAGCACCCUGGGACUCUGCUGCAUGUAUAGACUGAGCCUUAGAUGCUAGUACUUGAGUGAUGUAAGCGCAUGUGUGAAAGAGUGGUUUUAUCCCAUAACAAUGAAUUUGCUAAUCUGUGCAGUUUAAAAUCUAUGAAAUUCUUUUAAGCACAAGUGAUUUUUCAGUACAAAGGCUUCAAAGGAGCUCUUUGUUUUUGUUUAAUUUGUUUCUUAGGUCUGGGGAAAAUGAUGUGGAAUACAAUCACAACAUGGAGUUGGAGGAAGGAGAUAUUGUGGAGGAGGCAGCUUCUGCCGCAGCAGGUGCCUCGGGUAUGAAUGGGAUCCUUUUUUCAUUAAACUGCAUCUUAGUAUACGGAGCCUGCUUUCCAUCCUUCUCCUUGUUCUCUCACUGCCACGUCAGAGGCAACGCAGAGCUGUGUAUUCUGCAGGAUUUUCUAUUUUUGGAACUGCUGCAUCAUGUACCGUAUGUGGAGAUUAUUGCAAUGUAGGGCAGUCUUCCCAUUGGCUCACAGUCAUGAGAGGUUUGCAGCUGAAUUUCCUUAAGGGCUUUUAAAAAACGCAUCAAUGGAGUGCUGACGCUUCCCAGUCUUCUUUUUUAAAAAGAAAAGAAAAAAGUACUCUUAAGUAGAGCUGGUGGUUGAUUUCCUCUUUUGCCUUUUACUCAUUUUCCUUUUCCCUUGGGAGUGUUGACACUUUAUCUUAAACAGUGUGAUCUUACUGCAUAAGCUUCCUUACUGGGGUGAGGAAGGGAUGAAAUGUGUGAACCUCUUAAGUAUCAAGUGGAGAGGAGUCCAAGGGAAUAGUGCCUAUAAAUUUGACUAAUUCAGACACAGAUUCUUCAUCUGCGGCUGGGAUUUUGAAAGCUCUUGGAAGGUUUCUUUUUAAAUAAGCACUUAAGAUACCAGUUCUAGCAAAGAUCUGUCAAUUAUCCUGCUGGGAGGGAAGCGUUGCUGGUGUUGUAUUGCAGUUCUCCUUAUAACUGUCUAAAUCCUAUUGUGGCUCAGAUAGCAAUCACUGGCAUACGACAGUUAAAUUAUACCUCUGUUAGAAUUCCUUCUGAGCCAGGAAAUUAAUUCAUAUUUAGCUGAUUAAUACCACCCCCUUUACAGGAACAGAGGUGGAGGCAUAAUGUCUGCAGAACUAAGUGAUUGAUUGUGUUCCCUAGCCUUCUCUUUUUAAAAGUGUUUGCUGUCUGUAAAAUCCUCCCUCACUGGUGUCUGUCUGUAACCCACUCAAUUCUGAGGAAUCUCCAAUUUUGCUAAUUGCGUGUUCUUAAUCACCUGCUUUGCCAGAGCCCCUUAGUGGCUUUUUAUAUGGGUGUUUAUUUUCCCCAUUCAACUAACUUACAGCGGGCAACUAGAUACACUGUUUCCCUGCACAGACUUUUGCACCAAGAGUAGUUUGGCUACAAUCCUGUCAGACACACAUACUGAAUUCGCUAUUUGGGAGAGUGGAGGUUGGCAACUGCAGCGGACGGGGCACUGCCCCACCAACCUCAACCUGCCCUCAGCCAGCCUCUGCCUGCCUGUCUUCUUACUUACAACCAGUCCAGGGAGUGGUGCUGCCUGUCGGCUUCCUCCUCCUUAGCGUUGCCCUUGUACAACUCAGCAGGGAGAAAGGUGGGAACAAAAUUAGAACUAUUAGAGCCAGUGUGGUUAAGAGCAGUAGACUUGUAAUCUGGUGAACCGGGUUUGCAUCUCCGCUCCUCCACAUGCAGCUGCUGGGUGACCUUGGGCUAGUCACACUUCUCUCUGAAGUCUUUCAGCCCCACUCACCUCACAGAGUGUUUGUUGUGGGGGAGGAAGGGAAAGGAGAAUGUUAGCCGCUUUGAGACUCCUUCAGGUAGUGGAUAUCAAAUCCAAACUCCUCUUCUUCUACUACUCUUCUCCUGUUGGUCUUUCUGCCUUCCAUCUCACCAGUCCCAAUGGGCGGCAGCCACCCCUAACUUUAGAAGGCCUCCACUGCUGAAUGUGAAGUGCUUUGGAUAUUCUUAAAGCAUUAUAGAAACACUAAUCGGACCAUCGGCUGUGGGGAGGACUGCAGGGCCUGCUCCCUUCCAGGGCCUUUUCCAAUCUGGCCCAGGGGGCGUGGCCCAGGCCCUUAUUUGGAACAAACUUUUGGGGAAGUUGGGAAGUGUUCUGCGAUUGCUUCCCUGUUCCAAGUGGUUAAUGUGUUUUAAAAUGUCCUCAAGCAGUCGGUGGCAAUUUAAAUUUGUAUUUCUUUUUUCCUUUGUUGGGGGUUGGUGGGUGGGAUGGAUAUUUGGUUGGGGAUUAAUUUUAGUAUAAUUGUUCUGUUUUUGUUUUUUGUUGUUUUAUUGGUUCUGUAUAGUUUGUGUUUUGUUUUUAAGGGGCGGGAUCAGGGCUGCCUGGGAGUGGGGCCCCAGCCAACACGAUGGCUGGGACAAGUUCCACAGGGGGGGAAGCACUGGGACAUCCGAUCUCGGUGAUCAUGGGCAGGAGGAGGAGUUACGCUAAGACCAGACCAUGUCAUUACCGAGGAGGCAGGUUUAGUCGUUGUUUGAGGACUAUCCCUGCCUCCGGGUCUGGCCUUGACCGGAUGGAUACUGGAAUCAACAGGGGAAACCCACAUGACCUGAAGGUGUUGCUGUGUAAUACCAGGUCAAUUAUGAAUAAAACCACUGCCAUCCACGACCUGAUUGUGGAUGGAGGAUUUGACCUGGCAUGUGUGACAGAGACCUGGUUGGAGGAAGCAGGUGGGCCUGUCCUUGCUGCUGCUUGCCCACCAGGUUUCUCUUAUGCACAGCAACCCAGGUCAUGUGGGUGGGGAGGGGGGGUUGCAGUGAUUUUUAGGAAGUCAUUAGCUUGCAUCAGGCGUCCUACUGGGAAGACCCAGUUUUCUGAGUGCAUGUUCUGGAAGUUGGGCAAUAGGGGCAGUACAGGAUUCCUUUUGGUGUACCGACCUCCCCGCUGCACCAAGGAUUCCCUGUCCGAGCUGCUUCAGGUCGUGGCGGAUGUCCUCCUGGAGACACCUAGUUUGGUUGUCCUAGGGGAUUUUAACAUCCACGCCGACACAACCUUACAAGGGGCCGCUCGGGACUUCGUGGAAAGCAUGGCCUCCAUGGGGCUGUCCCUGAAUAAGUUUGGCCCAACUCAUAGUCAUGGACAUGCCUUAGGCCUGGUAUUCACCUCUAGUGAUGUGGAUGAUCUGACACUAAGUAAAAGUGAAACAAAAGAAGUGCCAUGGUCAGAUCACUUCCUGGUGCAACUGGACUUCUCCGCGACCCUUCCCCUCUGCAGGGAGGUGGGACCAAUUCGGAUGGUCCGCCCCCGCCACUUAAUGGAUCCAAAUGGCUUCCAGAGAGUGGUAGGGGAUGCUUUAGCCCAUGUUGAUGGCCUUUCAGCUGAUUCCCUGGUGGCCCGCUGGAAUGCGGAGUUAACCAGGGCUAUCGACUGUCUGGCUCCAAAGCGCCCUCUCCGAUUGCAUGGAGCCUGGACAGCCCCGUGGUUUUCUUCGGAGCUGAGGGCGAUGAAACAAUCGCUGAGACGGCUAGCGCGUCGGUGGCAGAAAACUCACUCCGAAUCUGACCGGACACAGGUUAGAGCUCAACGUCGAGCCUACCAAGUGGCGAUAGCGACAGCGAAGAAGACUUUCUUCACUGCCUCUAUUGCAUCUGCAGAAAAUAGUAGCAGGAGACUCUUUCAGGUGGUUCGCAAUUUAACGGAACCACCUUUACCACCGGGGCCUUGUAAAGACCCCAAGAUCUCCUGCAACAAUUUUGCAAAGUUUUUUGCAGAUAAAAUCACUCAUAUUCGGAAGGAGCUAGACACCACCGUGGGAGCAGGGCCAGGGCGGGAGAGUGCUAGAGCCCUGUCUGGUCAAGUUGCAUGGAAUCAAUUUCAAUCCGUUACCCCCGAGGAUGUGGACAGGCUGCUUGGACGCGUGAAAGCAACCACCUGUCUCCUUGAUCCUUGCCCAUCCUGGCUAAUAAAAGCAAGCCGGGAAGGGCUGGGUGAUGGGCUCUGCGGGGUGGUGAAUGCUUCCCUGUGAGGGAACAUUCCCAGAUCCGCUGAAAGAGGCGGUCAUUAAACCGCUUCUUAAAAAAACCAUCUUUAGACCCGGCCAGUAUGGCCAACUAUCGCCCAGUCUCAAAUCUUCCAUUCUUGGGCAAGGUGAUUGAGCGCGUGGUUGCUGAACAACUCCAGGCACGCCUGGAGGAUGCGGACCAUUUGGAUCCCUUCCAAUCGGGGUUCAGGCCUCACCAUGGGACUGAAACUGCCUUGGUCGCGCUGGUUGAUGAUCUCUGGCGAGCUAGGGACAAAGGUGAGAGUUGUUUCCUGGUUCUGCUGGAUCUCUCAGCGGCCUUUGAUACAAUCGACCAUAACAUCCUUCUGGACCGUCUAGAGGGGUUGGGAGCUGGGGGCACUGUUAUACAGUGGUUUCGCUCCUUCCUCCUGGGCCGUGUUCAGAAAGUGGUGGUGGGGGAUGAGUGUUCAGACCCUUGGGCCCUCACUUGUGGGAUGCCUCAGGGUUCCGUCCUCUCCCCCAUGCUUUUUAACAUCUAUAUGAAGCCGCUGGGAGAGAUCAUCAGGGGGUUUGGACUGGGUAUCCAUCAAUAUGCAGAUGAUACCCAGCUCUACCUCUCUUUCAAAUCAGAACCAGUGAAGGCGGUGAAGGUCCUGUGUGAGUGUCUGGAGGCAGUUGGAGGAUGGGUGGCGGCUAAUGGAUUGAAGUUGAAUCCUGACAAGACAGAAGUACUGUUUUUGGGGGACAGGGGGCGGGCUGGUGUGGAGGACUCCCUGGUCCUGAAUAGGGUAACUGUGCCCCUGAAGGACCAGGUGCGCAGCCUGGGAGUCAUUUUGGACUCACAGCUGUCCAUGGAGGCGCAGGUCAAUUCUGUAUCCAGGGCAGCUGUCUACCAACUCCACCUGGUACGCAGGCUGAGACCCUACCUGCCCACGGACUGUCUCGCCAGAGUGGUGCAUGCUCUAGUUAUCUCCCGCUUGGACUACUGCAAUGCGCUCUACGUGGGGCUACCUUUGAAGGUGACUCAGAAACUACAACUAAUCCAGAACGCGGCAGCUAGACUGGUGACUGGGGGCGGCCGCCGAGACCACGUAACACUGGUCUUGAAAGACCUACAUUGGCUCCCAGUACGUUUCCGAGCACAAUUCAAAGUGCUGGUGUUGACCUUUAAAGCCCUAAACGGCCUCGGCCCAGUAUACCUGAAGGAGCGUCUCCACCCCCAUCGUUCUGCCCGGACGCUGAGGUCCAGCGCCGAGGGCCUUCUGGCGGUUCCCUCACUGCAAGAAGCAAAGCUACAGGGAACCAGGCAGAGGGCCUUCUCGGUAGUGGCGCCCGCCCUGUGGAACGCCCUCCCAUCAGAUGUCAAAACGAUAAACAACUACCUGACAUUCAGAAGGCAUCUUAAGGCAGCCCUGUUCAGGGAAGUUUUUAAUGUAUGAUAUUUUAGUGUUUUUUAGUUUCUAUGGAAGCCGCCCAGAGUGGCUGGGGAAACCCAGCCAGAUGGGCGGGGUACAAAUAAAUUAUUAUUAUUAUUAUUAUUAUUAUUAUUAUUAUUAUUAUUACUAAGCAUUCUUCUCCUCCUUCCAGGUGGUAGCCAUGGCUAUCCCACUGCAAGCAGCCGCAUGUCCAGGAGGGGAGGAAGCGCAUUAGGCUCUUCAGCCAGUAGCAGCUUACUUGACAUAGACCCUUUGAUUUUAAUUCACCUGUUGGACCUGAAGGACAGGAAUGGGAUGGAAAACCUGUGGGGCCUACAGCCACGCCCUCCUGCUUCACUGCUGCAGAACAGAGGUGAGUGGAUGGAACCUCCCCCCCGCCCCAUCCAAUCAACAGCAUUAACAGGAUGGAGCUUUCUGAAUGGUUUCCUGUUCAAAUUGCUUUCCUGUACUUGGAAUGGUUUUUAAUGUGAAGCAACAGAAUGUACUUCCAUCAUCCAGUUGUGUGUUUAAGUCUAAACCUUUGUGUGUCUUGGAAUUACCUGCUAAAGCUGUGCAAUGCUAGGUUUGUGUCUAUCACAUAGGGUCUCUUUCUGGGAAGGAUUUAUAGUCUGCACUAGUUUCCCCCAACCUCAGUUCUGCCCAUCCUCAUCUCCUAAGAUGUUUUAGACCAUAACUUCCAUCAGCUUCAGCCGUCAGGGAUGAUGGGAGUUGGAGUUUAAAAUAUUUGGAGGGCACCGGGUUGGAGAAAGCUGAACCCGAACCUGAACCUUGAAGACAACCAAGGGGGUGUGCAUGAGGUUGGAUGUAGACAUUUGACUUAAACCAGAUAUCUUAGGGUUUUUAUCCAGUGUUGUCCACAUAACUUACUGUUGUUGUCCAGCCUAAGAAUUCUCUAAUAAUACAUUCCAGUUCUGUUUUCCUUUAGUAGCAUACUUGCUGCUGCAGAUGCUUCUCCUUGGUGUUGUUUAAGAUGCCUGCAGUCCUCAGCCCAUGGCCCAUCUGAGCUCUUAGAGAGGCAGGCAUGAUCUCAGGGCAAACCAGCCAUGUUUGCCAUAUUUUCCUCUGUCUUUCAAACACUGGAGAUGUAUCUUAGCCUUAACUGGGCACAGGCCAGAGGAAAGGUGACCUAACCGUACACGUCCUUUUGUUGCUACAAACCAGUGAAGGUCAAACUUUAAUGUUUUUAUUUUGUUUGGAGUUAAUUGGCCUGGAGCCACUGAUACCUGGUUUCAGGUCACUUUGAAGCAACCAUUUUGUUGACUUUAGAGAACAGAGGAUAAAAUGAUGAUCCAUCUGGUACACACAGACACACUUUUUCUUCUUUCCAUAGCAACACCUCUUGUACUGUCAGCUCUAAAGAUAGGAAGAGAGAGAGAGAGGCUGGAACAGAACUUGACUGCUACAGUCUGGCAAAAUUAAGCAGGCUUCAUGUUAUCAGUAGAAAGAGAGGUGGCUAAGUGGCUUGUGAAGUUAUCCAGAUUCUUAGGCAGGGGGAUAAUGACAAGGUGGCCACUGACAAGGGAGCUCUAAAUUUCAGCUAGGAGUGAGAUGAUGGGGAGCGAACUUUACUGCCGUUUCCAUCGCCAUGUUUCGUGGUACAUGUGUUGUGAUUCUUUGAGUGGGCAGAGGAAGAGAUCUGAUGAAUUAUAUCGUGUCUUGUUGGAAUGCAGCUGGGAUAACUACAGCAAAUUUAAGGAUUUAAAUGAGCAUUCUGAUGUAUAUCCAGAUGCACAUUCUGAGCAGAACCCAGAGCUUCAGAGCGAAGGCAGUGCUGCUUCAGUUUGCCUUCACUGAUGUGCCUGCAUGGCCACAUCUGAUUGGUUUCCAAUCGCAUUCACUUCUGCUGUGCAGACUGCAUGGUUUGUGCUGGUUCUGUAGUUGCCAUUAUGUGUGGUGUACACAGAACAGCCAACAGAAUGAAAUCAUGGGCUCUGUGAUUGUGAAACUAGCUGGGGAGCAGAAAAGGCGUCUUCCACGGUGCAAGGCCCAGGUAUUUGCUCUCUGUCUAUAGUCAUUGUCUUGCUGGGCUUCUGACUUUUUUCCUCCAUUUCCUCUCUGUCAAGCAUCCUAUUCUCUCAAAGAGAGGGAUCAGCGGAGGCACCAGGCCAUGUGGCGUGUUCCGCCAGACUUGAAGAUGCUGAAGAGGUUGAAAAGCCAGAUGGCCGAAGUCCGCAGUAAAAUGUCAGAUGUGAAGAACCAGCUGUCGGAGGUCCGGAGCAGCAAUGCUUCUGAUGGGCCAACCGCUUACUCGUUUCCUGGUGACCAGGGAACCUUGGCUACUUGUGGGACGGAGAGCUACAACAAGCUGCAAGAACUUGGGAGGGAGCUGCUGACAAAAUCAUCCCUCUCUAGCUGCUACAUACGGAAUUGUAAGUGGGGAAGGGGGGUUAAUUGUCCCUUUUUUGCAGAAUGGGGUCUGUCUGCCUGAGAACAGAAGUAUGCUGCCUUUCUAUAGCCUAGCCGUGAGUGCGCCUACUCUGAAGGUGGCAAAAGAAGCUGAUAGCACGCGCUCAUGGUUCCAUUGGAAUGGUUUUAAAUAAACCUUUCCAGCCAGACAUUUUGAUUUGUGGAUUUACAUGUCCAGCAGCUUGGAAGCCUAUAUAGUUUUCUGAUCCAAUUUCAAACCGACUGCGCCUGUACUGUGAAUGUUAAACAGCUCUUGCCAAAGCAGCCACCAUGAUGGUGGUUCUCUUGAGGGUUGUUUUUACUCAAGUUAGUGGCCUCCUGGGAUUCUAAGAAUUCCAGCCCUGGAGAGUGUUGAAACAUGCAAGUGUUGAAACAAUCCAAAAAAAGACUUUCAGAUGAGGUUCCUCAUGUGGUGCGUUUCUGGUGCUUCACACAGGGCAGAGCAGGCCUGCAUAACUUGAUCUACCAAGCUCGGCACAUGCCUGAGCCUAUUGUGGCUUUCUCCAGGCGCAUUCCAUGAUGUUGCAGUUGUGUAGGUUGAAAGAUCAGGAGGGUUAUUAAGCUGCUGGGAAGCUGUGUUCUGCUUGAUAGACUGCAGCAGGCAGGCCCGGUGUAGAAAUAAUUCAUUAGAAUUUAAAUGAAGCAAAACCUUCAAUAGAUUGAUUUGAUUUAUUACAGUCACAGACCAAUAAAAGUUGAUGCAAACAGGUUCAUUUACAUAAUAAGAGAACAGACAGAGGAGCCGAAAGGGACUUCUUCCUUUACUCUCUGCUUUCUCAUUUGUAUUGAGGAUAGAGAUAAUUUAACUAAUGUAUGAAGAAUCAUCGGUUACACAGCAAGAUAACAGGAUUUCAGCGGGUCUACUGGGUAGAGAGUUCUUAAUAACAAUUAAGUAGGAGCCUCUUCAUGUACCCAAGGAUUGUAGGCUGCUUCCUUACCCUGGGUCAGGCCCCUCAUCUCAAUAGCUGAAUAUUAUCUACUCUAACAGUAGUUCUCCAGGGUCUCCAGCAGAGACAGGUCUUUCCUAUCUGUGCUUCCAGAAUAUGCUUUUAGCUAGACACCAGAAACUGAACCUUCUGCAUUCAAUGCACGUGCUCACACUGAGCUGUGCCCCCACUAGAUGCUCUGUGAUCUCCCAUCCCCAGAACUGGAAUUACGAAGCUUUUAAUCAGUUUAGGUGACAGAUGUGCUUUGAGGUGCUCUGGUUUAGAUACUAAAUAACUUCCGUUGUAGCAGCAGUUUUCAAUGAUGGAGAGUAAUUAAACUUGCAGAGUGAGAAAGGCAUGUGGGGAGGUUUACCAUAAGAAAGGGAAUGUCCCAUCUCCCUGGGGGCCAAGUGGGAUGUCACCCUCAUUUUCAGAGUCAUUACUGAAAGAUGUGAUAAUGGUAAGAUUAGUCGGCAUAUCUUUGUUAUUUUUUGUUUUUUAAUGCUGGUUAUUUUAAAUGUAGGUUUCCUUUUCUAAAUCUUGCAGCCACAAAUAAGAAAAUUCAUUCAAGCAAAGCUAGUCGAAGUGGAGCAGCAGGGAGUCUGUCUCUGCGAAGAGCAAUGGAUUGUGGAGAUGGAAAUCUUCACUUGAAGGGAGAUUGUCAGAUUUCUUCUGAAGGUAUAAACAGGGUGUGUGUGUGUGUGUGUGUGAGAGAGAGAGAGAGAGAGAGAGAGAGAGAUUUCCCUGGUAACUACUGCAUAUUGAGAUUCCAAAUUGCUGUUAAUAGAGCAGCAGGGGUAGCCAACAUGGUGUCCUCCAGACUCCAUCAUCCCUGACCAUUGGCCAUGCUGGCUGGGGCUGAUGUGUGUUGAUGUCCAGUGACGUAUGGAGGAGACCCCAAUGUCUACCCUUGCGAUAGAAAGUUGUUCACAAACCAAACCACCCAAAGUAUCCAGGCUUGACAAUAUACAGUAUUUUCAAAAGUAUGGAUUGUUCUGCAACAUUGGGAUCCCAUUGUUAUAGCCUGGGUGGCCAUGUGACAUACUUGCCUUGCCUUUCCAUAGGUUGCCUGGGAAACCCAAAGCCCAGCAGUAGGCAUGGCUCCCCCAGGUCCUUGACCAACGGCUGUGCCUCAGAGCCAUUGUCUAAGCCCGAAGACAGGCAAUGUGAAGUCUCAGAUUCUGAUGUGGGUGCAUGUGGCUUAAAUGGCAUAAUGCCUGUGGAAAAGGCCAGGAAAAUAACUGCUGUGGGGUAAGUUUGUGUUGCUCAGUUAGCCUGUUUGUGGCUUCAAAGAAAGGAACAUCAUUUUAUUCUCACCUUGUGGCUUUUGUAGCAUAUUUCUCAACUUGGGGUCCCUCUCUUUCCCAUCCUCUGCUUUUCACUCUUGGGAGAUGCUCAGUAGUUAAUGCUACAUAUAUAAUAAAUUUACCUGCACCAGAAAACCACCAUAUAUUAAAAGUAGCCCAUGUUUUCUCUGGCAUGUGCCCGCUUUACUUGUAUUUGUUGAAAAUGUUGGCUGAAGUAGUGUGCUUGACAGGGGAGUAUUUGCAGAGGGGCAAUAUGGUGGGUGGUCCUUUGUAAAAGACUGAUAGCCAUGUAAGGCUUUGGGGCCCCAAACUGCUGUCUGUAGGUACCAUGGCACCCUCAGGCGCUCCUUGUGUGCCUGGCAAGGUCCCCUGCUCCUCCCAUUUUUUUUGAAUAGUAUUUAUUCAGAUUGCACGGGCGGCUGCUUUUUUAUCUUUUUGGGAGGUUUAUUUAGGUGGGUUACCUGUUUGGAAAGGGGGUUCUGAACAUAGCCACUUUUUAUUCUGUGAAAUUGAUCUUUUGGGGUGCCUGUGAAGGUUUCUUACAACUUCCAAAUGUGCCUCCAGGCUGUAAUCCCAGUUGCUGGAAUCACAAGCUGGGAAAGUGUUGUUGCAGUCAGGUCCUGUUUGCAGCCUUUCCACAGGCAUCCACUUGGCCUCUGUGCGAACAGGAUGCUGGAUGGGCCAUUUGCCUGACCUGGCAGAGUUCUUCUGUUCUCCUUACUUUCUUACGUAAAAGUUUGGGCAUGGAGACUUGACCUUAUAGACUUGGUAGUUGUUGACUGCAUGAUUUCAGUUUAACCCCAGCAACCAAGUGCCUUUUUAAAUAACAAAAGCUUGAGCUUCUUGGCAGUACUAGCUUAGCACUGAAUGUCCUUGGCUGCUUUGUAAAACCUGCCCUGCCUCUUCCUCAUAGACCCAAUUCAAAUAGAUGCCGCGUGGAAACAACAGAGCCUGCUGACUUAGAAAACAACACGGAGGCUGGAGAGCUGCAGGUGGUGCUCUCUGAGGGAGCCUCAGCAGCAGGGGCAGAAGAAGGUAAACCCAAGGCUGUUUCGGUUUUGCAGGGAAACGGGCCCAAUGACUAAAAAAGCAGGAAUGUCUCUUCACAUGCAUCAAGGACUCAGUAACCUUGCAGGUUCAAGUAUUGUGAAUCUAAAGAAGCAGCUGUGGUUGUCGGUACAAAGAGCCUUCUAAUGAACUUCCUUCUCUUACUAUUCCACACGUUUGGAAUCUUGCAAAUCACUAGCUGGAAAGCCAAGCUGUACUCGGUAGCUUGCUUGGGGUUGGGCUUAAGUUAGUGGUCUGAGGUGCAGAGGGACUUUGUUACUUACCUUCCAUGCAGGGCUGUAAUGUGUUGUUAGCCAGUGCAAAGAGAGCCUAUAUUAGCAUGCCUUCUAUAUCCAGGAGGCUCCUGGUUCAAUCUGCCCCUGUUCUUGGAUCCUUGGAGGACCUUCUUCCUGUCUGAGUAAACUGUAGGAGUUGUAUGUAGUCCAAUGACAUCUGGAGGGCACCAGGUGGGUCUAACCAUUCAGCAACAGGAGUAUCCAGAGCAGUGCUUUGAAGGUCAGGUGUGUACCUCAAGAGAAUGCAGAACAAGUUUCUGCUAUAGCCAUGCAGUCAGUGGGUUGCCUCUGGGAAACAUUUUCCAUCUCUCACCUCGGCUCUUCCAUCUGUGAAACUGGAAUAAGUGGCUUGCCUCACAGAAGGAGGUUGUGCUAAUGAGCAAAGGGGCUGUUUAUCUCUCUUGAGCAGUGGGCUGAGGUUGCUGUGAGGUCCUCUUGGCAAUGAUUGUGGCUUAGUUGGGGUUCUUAUGCAUCUUUAGAAUGCGAUCUAAAGCAAGCUUAGCAGCAGUGGGGAAGACUUUGCUUUUCCCUAUGGAAACAAGAGGCCACCCUGGGGCAGGGAGUAGGUUGUUCAUUUAGAAGGUCUCCCCACCCACCCCCUGCCACUCACACUUUUCUUGCAAAGCUCUGCCUUCUACCCCUGCAGGCAUUUGAAUUUCAAUGUGUGACGGCACUAAGGUGCCAGCAUCCACCACCGUUAUCUGCGCAGGGCAGUCUUGCGUAGGUGUUGCAGGAGGCGUGUCUGACAUCAGGCUGAAAUUCCUUCUUAGUCACUCUGCUUUGCAGUUUGGCUGUCGUAGGAGGCAGCAGGAAGAAGGCAGACACACUAAUUUAUUGGUUUUUUUAAAACCUGCAUUAUGGAAAACCCCGUUCCUCCUUAUUUCCUUUUGUUAAGGGAAUCGGAAGCAGCAGAACCCUUUUGGUUUGGCUUUUUGUAGCCAUGGAGACGGAGAAUGUUGGCAGUUCUCUGUUAAUACUCAAGGACAAAGUUAAUUGGGAGCCUGAUGUUGUAGUGUGAUGCUCUGAGCUGGGGAAACCUCACUCUGACGUUUAGGUUCUCUUUGUAUGUGAAACGGGGAGUGCCUUCCUAAAUGGAGCUGCUUGGCAGAAGCCCUACAGCACCUUGGCCCUUCUAUUGAAACUCCCCAGAUGUGCUUUACAGCCUCUCUGUGAUCUGGAAAAGUGUCCUGAUUUGCAGGGUAGCACUUGGAGAAGCUGGGUGGUGUGAACCUGCUUAAGGAGGCUACGGCACUGCCUUCAGCUGCUAAAUAUAGAUAACGUUUUGACUUUGGAGCUUUUAGAAAAACAGUGAUUCACAUGUGCUGCUGGUGGCAGGAGGGCAGUGCUGGCUGGCUGGCUACCAACUGCAAAAAGCAGCUUAAAUAGUGGAAGCAAAGACUAUCAUUAGAUGGAUUUACUGAAGUAAGAGUAAAAAAGAGAUUACGUUGGUCUGCAGUGAAAACAACAUGUGGCUAACAGUCCGGUCCUCAACAUGUGAACUUCAGAACAAGUUAUAUUGAUGUCAGUGGGUUUUACUUUUUAGUGCACUGAGGAUUGUUUGUAGCAGACAUAGAAGCUUAACAUAGAGUAGAAAAGGAAUAUAUAUAACCUGUCAGCCAGUCCAGGCCAUGAGGAAUUCUUGUUAAAAUUAUAGCUUUCAUUAAAAAACACAAAAAACCCUAGAGACAAUACGUAGUUGCCCACACAUUUGAAUGUUGGUAACAAAAAUGACUCAGAAUUGGAAACUAGGAAGGAAGCAAAAUGGAGAGCACUGGACUUCCUCUAAGGUUCCUUCUGUUCAGAUGGAACCAGGCAUCUAGUGAUGAGUGCUGCUCCCAUUGACCAGUGGAGUCAGGACAUGGAGACUUCAACAUUUCUACUGGGGAAAUGAUCUGGUCAUAAUUGGAAGUCCUACUCCUGAGGAAAUACACACCAGAGGUAGCACUCAGGUAUUGAUGCUGAAAAAUCCUUCAGAGCAUUCAGGCAUCAGAUUCCAUAAGUCUCCAGGAAUAGAACAUCCUAAUAGGUCCUAGAAUUGCUACACUCAAACCAAACCUUACUAGAAAUGCCUCUUAUAUAAUUCAAAGCUGCAUUAAGUAUUAUUAUUGUAUUAUUUGUCUGAACUCUGUAAACCAGGGGUCAGCAACCUGUGGCCCAUGGGCCACAAGCGGCCCACAGGGGUCGUUUAAACGGCCCACGAGUUGCCCCUGAACUGAGCUGUCUGCUCGGCAAGUCACCACCCGCUGCGCUAAACCAGCGGAGCGGGGACUUGCUUCCAUGGUGCCGGAAAUUGUGUCUGCACAUGCGCAGAUGCUGGAAAUCACGCCCGCGCAGAUGCAAUCCAGUCCACAGAGCGAUCUCUGCGGGAGUGGACUGGCCCAGGUAAGGUAAACCUUGCCAACUCAUGCUGUAAACCAUCCUGGGGCUAUAGGACAGGGAUCAGAGCUUUAAAAACUAAUUUUCAAAGUGUUGAAAUAUAACUAGAAGUGAGACAGUAACAACUGUCAUAAAGAGUCCUUUCUAAGGUUUUAACUAGGUUGGCCUUCUUAGGGUCAUUGAACCUGUGGCUCAAAGGGCUGAUGCUCCCCCGUCUCCCAGUUUACCCCCAUGGGAAUGCAGAUCUUGAGAGGAAACAGGUUUCCAUUGAUAAAGAGAAAUACCCAAACAAAAACUUGGGCCUUAUCCAGGGUGAAUCUGAAUAUCCUGCUCUGCUUGAGGAUGAGGAACUGCUCUGUGACUCUGUUCUGAGUCCCCUGAGGCAGUGGGUUUGCUGCAGCUUCAUCUUUUGACUUGACUGCCUAAUUGACUGCCUAACUCUGCUUACUCAGUUCUCACAAUUCUGGGUGGCCAGUUUUGGAAUCUUGCUGAAAAAGAUUAGCCAAAUUUGCAAGAUUUCAGCUAGUGCCCAUUAAAAUGUGGAACUUCUUUUGAUUGCUCAAAUAGUGUAAACGAACUGUGGUGCUUCAGCUCUUCAAUAAUUUCCUGUGAUGCUGGUUCUUCCUGUUCAUCAAGUCUCCCCCCACCACAUCACUCCAUAGGAGGUGUUAACCUCUGAGAGAAUGAUUUUAUUCUCUUUCCAAGGCUCCAUGUUGCUUUCUGGGCCGACAAGGCUGGGAAGCUUGAGUGUUUUUUAGAUCUAGAUUGCAGUUCUCAGGGAAGAGACUGAAGCUGUUGGUGCUUUUUUUGAGAGCGGUUUCUAGAGCCUCAGCAAUCUCUCCUCCUCCUUGCUGUGUGCAGCUGGGCUUUGCCAGAAGCACAUCCUUCACCUCCUGCCAGGCAUGAGCAGUGACAGUGACAUUGAAUGCGACACAGAGAAUGAAGAGCAGGAGGAUGGGGAAGCUGCCAGUGCCGCUCCAGAUGUCUUCAGCCAGGCUUUCCAGUCCCAGCCUUCAAGUGACGGUAGGUAAGGAGGCUGUCGGACAGGGAUCAGGGCUGGGGGAAAAACUCAGCAUCUAGGUCAACUGUCCCCCACCUGGGACCUUCCAGAUGUUUCAGACUACAACUCCCAUCAGCCCCAGCCAGUGCUGGUUGGGGCUGAUGGAAGUUAUAGUUCAAAACAUCCGAAGGGCACAGGCCAAGGGUGGCCAGCUUAUACGUUGCAAAUACUUUCGCUUUACCUAGUUCUGUGAGCUUCUGAUUUUGUACUGAUGGUUCUUAUCUAGUGCUACUCCCAAUAUUACCAUCUGCCACUCUCUCUCUCUCUCUCUCACACACACACACACACACACACACACCGUAGUUACACCCUUGGAUCCUGAAGAUGCCAAUAUUUAAACUCUGACCUCCUCAGCUUUCCUAGUUAUGAAGCAGAGAGGACUCCCCCAAAGAGGCAAUGACAGUUCUGUUGAUUUGUGUGGGCCUUCUUAUUGCAGUAUGGUUGCCUUAGCAACUGCAUAGGCUUCAUGCAUCACCACUCUCUCUCCUUUCACUGAAAGGACCACAUUGGUGAUGCAGCCUGGAUGGGCACAUGGUCGUGAAGGCUGCCUCUUGCAUGGUGUAGGAGGACCUUCACUUGAGUGUCUUGCAAGUAGGACAAACAUCCCCUACCCAUAUUGCGUAGGGAUCUUGGAAAUUGAGCAACUCAAUGCAAGCACAGUAUAGUGGACACAUUGCUCAAUGUGUCAGUGUUUAUAGUACAGGUAUUUUCCAUCAUCGUAUGUUCAGGGGAAAGCUGUGUGAGAAGCAGCCCCCCCCCCACCUUGCAUUAUAUGGGCUGCAUUAUAUAAAAUACUACUACUACUUAUUUUAAAAAGUUAUUUGAAACUGCUUUUGGUGUGUUGUGUUCUAAAUCCCGGUUGUUUGUGUGUUCAGCCUUUGAGCUAUGCUCAGUUUUUCCUGAGGGUGACCAAACAGGCCCUGAAGACCUCCCUUUUGCCACCGGAAAGGACGGCAGCACAAGGUAAAUGGCAAAGGAACUGCUGUUGGUUUCUGUGUGACUUGAAAGUCUCAUUGUGGCAAAUGACUUCAGUCACCCUUGAUACAUUAACUUUUAUGAGGGUUGGGGAUCUGUGGAGUGAGGCAGCUACCAGAGAAAACUGCCAUUCUGGCACAAGUAACUUUCUGCCUAGGUGAUAUUGUAACAUCUUACGACUUGAUAGGUUUCCUCACUCUUUAUGCUUCUGUCAAAAACUGACUUUCCAGGAGGAUGAGAUCCUGCUGAAGCAUUGCAGUACAUAGUUGCCUAUUUGCAUUGUUGUUGCGGGAGACAUUAGGCUGCUUCGAGAGCUACUUGCUUUGCUUUCUCCUUUUUUGUUCAUAAUUCUAGGCUUGGGUUCUUUAAACCAGGCUGGAAAAAAAUACUUCAGGUGUAUCCCUUCUCUUUGCUUCCCCCCCCCCCCCCGAAUGUUGACUUGGGCUACUUCUGAUAAGAAAUUUCUUUCUCUCUCUGGCCCAGGUAGAGCAUGAGGUAGCAGAGGCUACCCGAAGAUGGAUUAACAUUCAUUAGCCUGUUGAAGGUGGCUGGAUGAAGCAUCACUGGGUCCCUCUUAAUUCACCUGCAUUGUUUCUGGUAAUGCCUUGUGCACAUUUCCUUGCUCCUUCCGGUCCUUUUCCUACUGAAAAUCUAGCUGUACUCGCUUUCCUGAUCCUGCUUGGUGUCAACCUGCACCCUGCGUGCCUCUAAAAGGUGCUGGAGCCUCAGCCUUGCUCUUCAUAGCUGAGGAGUUUGGGAUGGGAGAGGGAGAAGGGGAAGGGAAUGCCCACCCCACCUUUAUUUUUAAGUGAAUUGAACUGACACUAAAGCUGUUACACUUCUGAUUCCUGAGCUACUUACAGUGAAAUGCCUCUAUCCAUGAGUCUCUCCUCUCUCCCCAUUAGUCCAUUUUUGGCCAGUUGAAAACUUUGUUGCCAAACUCUUUUGCCACUGUGCAUUGCAUUUGAGCUGCUAAAGGUGUUCUGUGAAGCUAAGCUGCAUUGGCUGUUUUCUUUUAAGCAUGAGUUACUGUAUAAAUGUUUGUUGCGUCCUCCUGAAUGUUGUACUUAAUGGAAGGAUUUAUUCUUGUCGUUUAACUGCUGUAAAAAUUCAUAUAGUUCAGAUGAAAAUGGUUUGCACUUUUAAUUAAUAAAAUGAACAUGGAAAUGACAGUGCUUGUGCAGUUUAAACCACAGACCUUGGACUGAAAGGGAUAUUGUGUGUGGUAUGGGGAUGGCAGAUUGUAUGCAAGAAAUAGCUGUUAAAAUGCCCUGAUUGUUACAAGCUGGUGAAGGGAGAGUGCCCUAAAGCAAAGAAUGAUGUAUAUCCUUAGGACUUCAUAUCAAUGCAGCAGCAGUGAUGAAGGUGUUUAAGGCUGGGUCUGAUCCAGUGGGUAAACUUGGCCACAUCCCUCUGCCAGUUGAUAUACCACUUGCUUUAUUGAUCAUAGCUUGAUUGCUGAAAUUUCCCAACCCACACUUCAUAGUGCCCACGUUAGGCACAAAGAUGUAACAUUUUCUCUUGAAAGUGUAGCUUGCACUGGGUAAGGUCAAUUCUAAUACUCCAAAAUGUCAAGCCAUUUGCAAGUUCCUCUGGUGAUAUUUUCAGUUAGAACAGCAAGACUGUGCUUAGUAGCAGAAUUGAAGUCCUGUUGUUGCCUGACGUAAGAUUCCCCCCCCCAACUUAGCUCCUUUUGAAAAGUGACUUUGUUUUCCCCUCUUUAAAAUGUGGUUAUUUCCCUUGAAAUAAGUACACAAGAGCAUAAUGUUUGCUGUUUUAUUAAGAUAUUGGUAGAAGUUGAACAUAGUCCUUACCUUUUGUGAACAGCUUUAAUAAAUAAAAUAUGGCUAAUACAUGAUUCCUACUGAACUUGUGAGCUAUAGGAACAAAGUUGUCAACGGGUCCCAACAGAGUAGUAAAGUCAUUUCUAGUAAACCAACCCACUUCAUUAGUUUUCAUGACAGCAUAAGUAUAUUUCAACAGGAACUCAUUAAUACACUUGGCAUUCCUAGGAAUGUGCCAUGGUAACGCUUUUAGUAAUAAGGGUGAAUCUCAGCUGGCUUUCCCCAACCUAGCUUGGUUUAGACUCUCCCUACUUCUAGAAACAAAAAAGCAACAGCCAAGAAUGGUAAGUAAAACAAAUCUGUUUAUAUUUAUAAACCAAACCUUCUGAUACUUGUAUAAUACGGUGCUGUUUAAUACUGGAAGUUAUAGAUUAGUGUUUAAUGUAAUGUUAAAAGUGACUUUGUCACUUGAAUGCAUUCCUUGACAGUGGGCACAUUCACAUGGUGUGGUAAGCUCAUAAACCACCAUGGCUUACUGUGCAUGAGUGGAUUGUGCCCACUUUGCUCCUCUCAACUUAUGCUAGCAGGAAACAAAUCCUGAUCCUUGCUUCGUCAGGGGUCAUGAUUUAUUUUGCUCCCAGCAAUCUGUAGCCAAGGUUUGCUCUUGACAUACUGAUCAUGCUCUAUUGAAGCAAAACAUGAUCCCCGGUUCAAACAUAAGACUAAGCUGGGGGGGGGGUCAUGAUUGGUUUCCUUUCAGCAUAAGCGGGGCUGAGACAAAACAAGACCAAAAGGUGCUUUCUUGGUAAGCCAUUAACUGUGGCUUACUUUCAUGUGCAAACUGGGCCAUUGGUGCAAGACUUUAACCUCCUCCAGUUGAAGGUUUUUAUGCUGCACAGCCCUAACUCAUAGGCAUACGCAAAGCUACAGCAGCCUCGCCUUGCUUCUCUUUUUUGCAUGAGAAUGAGCUACAUUUUGGCGGAGCCGGCUGUUCAGGUUCUCCAGAGCUGGAACGAAAUUUAUAGGUAACGGAAAGGACUGCUUGAAUGUAAUCUGCAUAGUUGCUUUAAUUGAAUGUUCUAGGGAAAAGAGCACUGUGCCUCUGCAUAAAUGACAAUGGACCACUAUGAACAGAAGGCGAAAGGUAAUGUUAUACUCGAUGAGACGGAAGGUUCUAAAUUUAAAAGGCAUUAGCAAGUGGCAGCUGCUACUUAGGAGUGUCGGCUGCUAAAAGCCACAAGAAGCAGGAACAGGCUCUGCCAAAAUAAAGGAUGGAUAUUCUCUUCCUCAUAUGUCCUCCCUUGCUUUUCUGAGCCAGGAAGUGAGGGGACAAAGAAGGGAGUGCUUAGCAGGGGACCCACAGGAGUCUGCUUCCUUUUGUUGGGGGGGGGGAGGAGGGCUGAGUCACAUGGAGUAGGCGGGUGUGUGCCUCCCUGGCUUCCAAACAGACAAGGACAAUUGAUGGCACUUCAAAAUAUAAAUAUUUUACUUCUACAACUUGUUAGUGCAAGUGAAAUGGAUUAAUGGCUUGCUGCUCUGCUGCUAUUCCAUUUCUUGCAAUCGGAGGCAUUCCUCACAACUCUGUUAAAGCUGGAGACAGGAGACAUUAGGAGAGGGAUUAAAUGAAUCCCUUUGAAACUCACAGUGAAUAAGCUCACCAGCAGGUUUUGAACAGCCUCGGGGGAGAGGCAGCCUGGAGUCUCCUGUCCUCACCAACUACCACCACUACUACUAGUGUUCCUACACAACUCAUGUAGCUGAUGCAGAUUAUGAGAACUUGAGGGCUGCUUCAGCUCUUUAUUGGAAAGGUCUCAUUAUGCAAAUGUCACCACUAUUAAAAUACACAGAUUUACAAAACACUUUACAGACAACCAACAUUAACAGUUAAUAAAUACAGUUAGAUACCUAUAUUUUUUGUACAUUCUCACCAGCUAAAGGAUCAAAGUACAAGAUACAGAACACUGAGAAUAUCAUUAAUUAAAAAGGGGAGCUUAUUGCUUACGUCAGCAAGCAGCAAAUAAGGGCACAGGAGUUUGAACUGAAGAGAACUACGUCCUAUCACCAGUGGCAUUAAGAGAAAAACACACAGCAUAUCACAAAGCACUGCUUUUUUUUUUUGCCUAGUGUGUAUAGAAUUGAGCAGCUUAUAUUGGACCAAGAACUACUACUUUUAAAUAUGUAUUCUACCAUGGUUGAAGACUUGCCUCACAAAUGGAUCCUACAUACUACCACUAUGUAAUGAAAGAUGAACACUUUCUAGUUGUAACAAUAUUUUGUACUGGACCACACUAGGAAUGGAUGGCAGAUUCUCUCCUGUAGGAUGAACAGGAUGAGCAGCAGAUAAUCCAUGUAUGAAUCCACACAUAUGGAGUUACACUUCUUUUAUAAAAAACAUGAGAGCACACUCUGAGGCUAGUACUUUCCAAUUAUGACUGCAUGUUGGGAAGAGGUCAAAACACAUUUGCAACAUUUUAGAAUUUUGACAUGUCUUCAAAGAACUGCACUUUUCCCAUAGAAGCACAACUAAUUGAGUAGAAGGGCAUUGCAGUCUGCCUUCUCCUCUGCUAUGUCCUCAAGCAUGGCAGCAGAAACAGCCUGCUCGUCUGCAGCUCCUCAUUUCAUUGGUAACACUUGAUUUGUAACACAACGCACCUAAGGCUUGCAGAUAAGUGGGAAAGUGCUGUUGCUCCUUAAUUUUGGUUAUCCCCCCCCAUCCCUGAUGGGUAAAAGCCAAGACCUUUUAGCUUUCUGCACUUGAUUUCUAACAGUUUCAUCAAGUUUCUUGAAGAAAUUGAGUUAAUAAAAAGCCAUUCAGAAUAAUUACCUAAUUCUCCCCAGUCCUUAGGCAAAUUAUCAGUUUGGGGAGGGGUCACAGCUCAGGGGCAGAGCACCCACUUCGCAUACUGGAGGUGCUGGGUUCAAUCCUAGGGCUGGAAAUAUCUUCAUGUUUGAAAAUGAUGGAGAGCUGCUGCUAGUCAGUGUAGACAAUACUGAGCUAGACAGACCACUGGUCUGACUCAGUAUAAGGCAGCUUUCUAUGUUCCUAUACACUAAUGUCAAACUGCACUGGGCAGUGAUUCUGUUGAGCUAAAACUUAAUCCCCAUGGAAUUAUGUAAUGUAACAUAUUCAGAUCUGUGUACAUUUAAUGCCUUAGUAUUUUAGAUCAUUCAAGCGAAUGUUAGCAACCAAGAGACCUCUUCUAACAUACUGUCCCUGAUUAUUCUGCAUUUCAGCUAUUUAAUGCUAAAACUGAUUUUACUUAUAUAUAUAGAGAGAGAGAAGUGUUUUGCUCUUUAGUAUGAAGGAUGGAGACAGGCAAUCAUCAAACCCUUCCUGAGCAACUGACAAUUAGAGUUCAUCUAGUCUCUCUCAUUUUACAACUGCUAUAGCAAGCUGCCUUCCUCUAGCUUUUCCCCAGUCCCUUCAUACUCUGAAGGUCUCUUGCAAGGACCGGACAAAUAGCUGAGCCAAACACUACACUGCCAUAUUACUGUCCCCUCUGAAUGGGGAAGGGAGAACUGAUGACCAAAAAGUCUGACAAGCAAGUUGCUGGCUCCAUCAGUUCACAGGACAACAUAUUUGAAUCUGAACUAGCUUUAUAUCAGUUUGACACCUGAGAUAAAUUAGGGAUUGGGGAGGACACAGUGGUGGAAAGAUUUAACCACUACUAUUAUUAGAUGCAAACAGUUUUAACAUUAUUACUUUUUUAGUUUAAAAGACUAAAAUGUCACUAAGCACCCCAAAAGACUCCAAGCUAUUGAAAUUUCAAUAUAGUUUCAACUUUAGCCACAGGAAAUGAUCUUUAAAAACUACAAAAAUUAGUAUUCCCUCUUUUUUAUAUGUUACAUGGGGGCAUAGAUAAGAUUAGUCUUAACUGGAUAUACAACAGGGGCUAGGAGUGCUCAAGUGCUAGAUUCAAACCCCCUAUGGCUUUUAAUAAUGUACCUGCAAAAGCCUGCUGCUUCCACAAUGGCUCUGUUAACCUUAAAGAACCACCCCACCAACUACAACCUGGACUACUUCUGCCUUCCUCUUCCCUUCCCUCCACCCCACCUACAAAAACUGGCAGGUUUUAAAAACGAGAUCCUUCAAAAAAUAUUGCUCCACAGACUCAUCUCAAACAGGUAACACUUUUUUUUGGCAAUCUCUCUUUUGAAAGAAUCUCUCUCCUAUUUAUUCCAUCGUGUCACUGUCAGUAUCUAGUUGCCAUGAGCAAGAUGAAGCUAUAGAUACGUGUUUGUGUAUGUGGGUAAGAGAGAGGAUGUGUAUGUGACAUUGCUUAGAGAGAGAGAGAGAGAGAGACUGGUACACCAGCCAUUAUUUUAUUUUUUUUAGACUGAAACACACAUUCCUAGGAUCUAUUUACAUGAGUGGUACAUUCCACAAUCACAUGGUUCUGAAAUGCUCACUCUUUUAAAUUUACUCCUCAUUCUGUGAAUGCCUAACCUAAACUAUUUGGGGGAGAGGGGCAGGAGAGGGGAAUACAAAGGAGCAUGCUACUUUGUACACCUCCAGAGGAGCCCAGGGUCUGGUAUACAGUGGCUCUGCCUUUGCAGCAGGUGAAUACUCUUGCCAUGACCCCGGCAACAACUAGAGAAGCCCUGCCAGAGACGGCUUCUUAUCAACUUAUUUCUACGGCUGUUCGCACUGCAAGGUGAGGCCAGAGCUAACUCUUCUGUGGGGGAAAGCAGCCUGUUCUCAAAGAGAAGCAUGUGGAGCUUGGGCUUGAGUCUGGCUAGUCGCUGCCACCGCUUUGCAUCACAGAAGUGAAGGGGAGAGAAAAUGGAAGCUCUUCCUCCCCAAGAUUUGAAGUGCUCACCUUCGAGCCUGCUGGAGAUGCUGUACCCGUGUGGGCUUGUGGAGCCAGAAGGAAGAGAGGCUAGCUGCUCCUGGAGACUGCUCUGCCCACCUGCAGGAGGCGCAGGGUCGGCCACUGUCUCGUUCUCUGCUGAUACACCCUGACCCAAGGUUGCCCUCUUUGGUUCACAAGUGCUGAACCAUUGAUCUGAGGACAGGCGUUUUGCACUCUGAAGUUUGCUAGCUUCUAUUUUCCUCAGGUCAAUAUAGCCUGGGUCUUCCAACACGUUGAUCCUGGAACCUGCACUCAAGGUAGUUCUGUCUGUGAAAGAAUCCACUCUCCCAUCGUACCCUAGAUCAGCAGGUGCGGAGACCUGGUGCUGAGGCCACGGUCUCUUGCAAUCCCCGUGGUUUUCUUUAUUGUCGCCGUUGUCUUCUUGCCCACCUUGGAAAGAGUUCUCUGUCCACUCUGACUCCUCACUGAUGUUUACGGCCGUACUCAUGUCCCUGAGAAAGACCACAAUGACAGUGAUGUUGUCGCUGGAGCCAGCAUCUCGAGCCGAAGCCACUAACUUGUGGGCCACCAUGCUGCUAUCCCCAUUGUUCUCCUUCAGGUGGUCAGCCACCACUUUCACUGCUUCAUCAGGGUUCACGGUGUCAUAGAAGCCGUCGCAGGCUAAAAUGAGGUAGUCUUCCGAUCCAUCCAGAACUGUGGAGCCCGAGUCCGCGUCCCCACAGAUGUAUGGCUUGUGUUCUGCAUCACCUGGAGUAGGUGGGUAAAGAGAUCCAGAGAAGAUUUAGGCAGCUGUGAAGUCAGGAUAGAUCAGUGAAUUCUCUUUACCUCUUGGCUUAAGGCAGUGGAAUAGUGAAGGCAGAAUGCUCACUGGUUGGGAGACAAGGGCUUGAAACCUCUUGGGUGGGGACUCACUUCUAGCUCUCAUUU